CGCUGUCCAGGGCAGCCCAUUCUCCUCGGGGUCCUUGGCUGUUGCCAGAGCAGGCGUUCUCUCGGGCGCACAUCUGCUGGGGUCCUCCCGUAGGCCGGCUCAGUCGGGGAGGAGGAGGCCAACAUGGCGGACGUGCUGAGCGUUCUGCGUCAGUAUAACAUCCAAAAGAAGGAGAUUAACGUCAAGGGGGACGAGGUCAUCUUCGGGGAGUUCUCCUGGCCAAAGAAUGUCAAAACCAACUAUGUUAUCUGGGGGUGAGUGCUGGGGGUGGAGGAGGAGAGCAUGGAGCAGCAUGCGGGGACAGGGGGACAUGUGCAAAGUGUCUGUGUCUCCCUCCCUCCCAUACACAGGCUAUAUUAUGUUUACAUUAUUAUUAUUACACCCUCCUCCUAACUCUUAUUAUAGCAGCUCUACCUGGCAGGGCUUUUGUAAAUUAAAUAUAUGGUGAGGGAAUAAAUUCUAUAUCUCUGUAUGGAGAGUCCAGCAGUCACUCUGUGUCCUAUUCACAUAGUCUGUUUAUACUGCACCCAUCGCCCAGCAGGUUUGGGACUCUCUGGGGCCUUUGAUUUAUUUAAACACAGUUAUGUGUACCCCACAUGUACGUCCUAGAGCCUCAGCGUUUUGAAAUAUGUUGCUGUGUUUUGGACUUAAUUCUACCUGCAAGCCAGCUUUAGUGUUGGAUGAUAACUUUUUUUUUUUUAUAAGAUCUGUAUCUUCUAACACAUGUUUUUGAGUAAUUUGUGUGUGUGGUUUUCAUGGAAUUACUGCCCUUGCUCCUCUGGAAAAAAGAACAAGUUUAUCUUUAUUUUAGAUCGUAUUGUUAUCAUUUUUCUUAUGGUUUUUUUUUUUACAUUAAUGUUGUUGGCUUUAGACGAUGCCGCCGGUGAUUUUUUUUUUUUUUUGUCUUUUUGUGGUGAUUUUGUUUCUUGGAGAGUUGCGUAUCUUUUCCAACUAGAAUAUAAGAUUUGAAAGCUCAUAUGAGCAGAGCUAACUUUACCUCCUGUCUGUCAACCUUAUUUUGUCUAGUCAACAUCUUGCUGCUAUGUACUGUAUAACUGUAAAGAGUCAAGGGACAAGUUUGCUCUUUAUAAUGGAUGUUGGUAACAGUGUAUGCAUAUUUGUUAUUUUAUUGUGAGGAUUUUGUUGUUGUUUUGCCUAAUAUGCAAAAUUUCUUGGAUGCUUGUUUUCUGAGUGACUGCUUUAUUUUCUGCAGCUUUAAGCAAAACCUGAGGUUUCGACCUUGAAGCUAAGACUUUUAAAAACCAUAACAUAUCUUCUAUCACUUUUGUAGUGGAUAUUGACUAAUAUAUAAACAUUUUCUUUACAUCAUCCAUGAGCUUGUUUGAUGCGUUAUUGUGACCGUAGAGUGCCUAGCAACAGCAUCUGAAACACGUCUCCUCAGAUAUUUGAAAUUGGCUAAAAUAUUUUUUUUUUUUAAAUAAACUUUAAACAUUAUAAAUGUUUAUACAGUUUGCUUAUCCACUGGUGGCAAGGGAAUCUCAUAAAGUGUUAUAUCUGUUUGCCUAACAAGCAUGUAGUCACUGUUCACAUUGUAGGAGGAACAGUGAAAAUCAAACAUUUUUGCUGUCACUGGGAGUAUCAAUAACAAGUACCUAUAUUUUAACAUGUGUGCUCCCCCCUGCACUCACUGGCAGUUGUAACGGACACUAUAGCAAUUUACAAAUUUUCUUGGUUUUGGGAAUGAGCCAAAAAUGUCAAGCAUGAACUAAAUUCAAUCCCAGAGUGAACUAGCCUUUUGUGGCAGGAAAAAAGUUGUAUUUAUAUCUUAAGCAUGGAUGCAGUAAUCAAAUAUUGAACCAAAACAAAACCUAGAAUUUUUGCUAUGUUGCUGUUUCACUGUAAUUUAAGGCUCUUUCCUUUUCCCUCAGUAUAUAUUGGAUUUUAAAGUACAGAUAGGCAUUUUGUAUAGCUAACACAGCAUUAAGUAUGACUAAAAUUAAGGAUUGUUUUCCUUCAAGUUUUUCUUAGACGUUUACACAUCAAGUUCAACUAGCAAAAAAUAACUCAAAAUAGAUUCACAUAUCAGUUCUGAUUGUUAAUUGCCUAGUGUCUAGGAUCUAAAUUAGAUUUUGGUAGUUAACAGUAAAAACCCUAUGCCAACCAUAACCCUAUGUUUACACUAGCACUGAAUUUACACCUAACCUUAUCUUUUAGCUAAGCCCAACAUUAACCCUUACCUUACAAUACCACUACCUCAAAUCAGCAGUAGAGAGCAGUCUGUGAUCAGCAUGACUGGUAGGCGUCCUUCUCAUUCUGUCCCUGGUGAUCACUGUGUGAUAAGUGUUGGGUGCACCUAUUAAAGCCUAGUACCGAUUCCAUUCUGCAGAGAGGCCUACAGGGGCAGACUCUGUGGGGGACAGACUCCUAAACACUGUGGCUGAGUACGAUCACUCCAAGGUUCUCCCGGGUGUUUAAAGGGAUUUAACCCUGCUCAAACCGAGAUGUUACAUGCCAUCCUAACAGAGUUCAAGCCCACUCUGUGGACGAUGCUAUAUCCCAAUUGAGAGGUUAAGUACAUGAGGCAAAUAUUGUGCUUUUAAAAUUCUUUAUUCAUUCCCUAUAGCAGAAAGUUACAAAUGUCAAACUUGAAUAAAAAGGCACCUGCCAACUUAACCUUUCAGGACAGUCUGUAUAAGUUCCUACCAUCCUCAAAUCUUCCUCUUUCAAUCUACAAACGUUAAAAUCUAGAAACCUUACAUGAACUUGAAAAAUACAUGUACUAAACACAUUAUAAAUAUAAUUCCACCAAGUAAAUCUUAUAAAACUGCAGAGGACGUGUUUAGAAAGCUAUAAAAUAUAUACACUUAAAGGAACUGUGUAGACACAGUAUAUGCACCAUAACAACUUCCUCAAAUUAAGUUCUUGUGUCCGGUGGUGCUGUUUCACCUUAAAGGAUUAAAUCGUUCUCGAUUUGGUUUAACCCCAAAGUCUGUGUUCCAGAGCCAAUUCUUCCUGCCUCUCUGCCUUUCCGUUUAAAAAUAAAUAAAUCCUAUAAAUGGGAUGAGAUCGUCAUCUGACCGCUUUUAGCCAAUUUUUUUUUUUUUUUUUUAAAUUAAUGGGCAGAGGGGUGGACAGGCAGAUCUGAACAUAGACUGGUUAAACAGUGGUGUGUUUUUUUUUUCAAAUUGGUUUUAAAAUUGUUUAAUUUUUAAAUGUAAUUUGUAGGUCAUGAUCGUGUAUUAUGAGAUACAUAUUGUGUAGGGCUUAUUGGAUAGCAAUAGUUACCCUUUUAAAGGAACACUAUAGUCACCUAAAUUACUUUAGCUAAAUAAAGCAGUUUUAGUGUAUAGAUCAUUCCCCUGCAAUUUUACUGCUCAAUUCACUGUCAUUUAGGAGUUAAAUCACUUUGUUUCUGUUUAUGCAGCCCUAGCCACACCUCCCCUGGCUAUGAUUGACAGAGCCUGCAUGGAAAAAAAAAACUGGUUUCACUUUCAAACAUAUGUAAUUUACCUUAAAUAAUUGUAUCCCAAUCUCUAAAUUGAACUUUAAUCACAUACAGGAGGCUCUUGCAGGGUCUAGCAAGCUAUUAACCUAGCAGGGGAUAAGAAAAUCUUAAUUAAACAGAACUUGCAAUACAGAAAGCCUAAAUAGGGCUCUCUUUACAGGAAGUGUUUAUGGAAGGCUGUGCAAGUCACAUGCAGGGAGGUGGGACUAGGGUUCAUAAACAGAGGGAUUUAACUCCUAAAUGGCAGAGGAUUGAGCAGUGAGGCUGCAGGGGCAUGUUCUAUACACCAAAACUGCUUCAUUAAGCUAAAGUUGUUCAGGUGACUAUAGUGUCCCUUUGAAGAUAUGAAAUAAAAGUGAAAUUUGAAUGAGUGAUUUUUUUUUUUGUUUAAUUCUUGCCAGAGCAUCUUUUAAAUUACAAGAGGGCUUACCUCCUACCCUUUAAAAGACCUCAGAAUGUGUGGGAUGGCUGGUGGACAUGGUUUCUCUGAUCUGACAUGAACCCUGUUUCAAUCAGGAAAAAAAGUCUUUAGGGUGAAUUUAAAUUUGGCGCCGGUUUGUAGUUGCGUUAUUAGCACACAGCUACCUGAACACUGCUUCCAUUAUACAAUGCCUGCAUGCAGAAACCUGCCUCUUCACACCCAGGGUCGGGUUCUGCAAUCUGAAGCACCACCAACAAUCCCAAUAUGGAUUGUUGUACACCUCAAUUUGACCAUAAGAUAGUAUUUUACCACUUGAACCUUGUUGAUCCAGUGAUUAACAAGAAAAAAAUAAAGAUUGAGGCAGUAUUAACAGUAUUAGGGAUGCACUGAAAUUUCGGGUGAAAGUGGGCCUAUCCCAAGGCUGAAAAAAGGGCAAAUCUGCCUAAAAGAGACAGCUUGACUUUGAAAAACAGAGGAUUCACCGCUUCCCCUGACUGUGCCCUGCUCCAACACCCCUCCGUGCUGACCAUGAAGAAGAUAGAACGGGAGGCGGUUGCCCCUACCCUCCUCCUAAUCUUCCUCCGGGAUCAUGGCCUCGCCGGAUACCGGGGCCGCUCUGGAGUGGACCCCAGGGAAGAAAGAGAGGGCUUUCCCGGGGGCCGAGCACUGGUCAUCCUCGGGGUCAAACAUCAUGGUGGGGGCAACUGGAGAACCAGCAGGAGAAAGAAAGCUAAGGUAACUAGCAGGGGCACCCUGGAGGGGAGGUAUACUCGGAGUAUACCCGGAGUAGUGUACUAAGGGUUAUUAUAGUAUUGCUGUGCCCAUGAUAAUCUAGUACAAAGAUUUACAUGCUGUAUAUACACAUGCUGUGCCCAUAAUAGUCUACAAAGAGUCCUGUGCUGUGUACAGUAAGUUUUACAUGCCUGCAGAUUUCCAAUUCACAGCAUGUGAGCCUCCAAAAAAAAGUGUUUUAAUGCUUGAUAUAACCAGUGCUGUGCCAACAUAGGGAUUACCAAAUAUGAAAUACAGUAUUCCCAUUUUGUGUUGGCUACUAUACAUAGGAUUACUUUAGUGUUUUGUCGUUUUGCCUGUAGUAUAUCCAGUGUGAUGUAGACCAGCCAAGUACAUGUAAAGGUUUGCGUGCUUUCAGAAUACCCAGAGCCGUGUACAGCAGUGCUUCCUGGAUAUCCAGCAUAAUCCAUCCCAAUCUGUACACAGUACUGUUCAUUUAGAGUUCUAUGAACAUAGAGUGAUUGCAUUACAAGAGUAAACAUUGUGUUCCCAUGCAAUCCUAACUAAAAAAAACAAAAACUGAUCACUGUACUGUGAUCAAAAAUAUUUUGUAUGUUUGUGUGUAUGUAAUAUAAACAUUUUGUUUCCAUUUUCAUUCUUUAUAUGGCUGUGUACAGCAAUGAAAACAUUGGUGGUUAUUCAUUAAUGCGCAGAAUAUUUUUUUUUUUUUUUUCUUUAUCUUGUGGACAGUGCACUGCUUGCAUGUGUGCAGAGCCCCCCUUUGUGUAUAGAGAUACAUUUAGUAACAUGCUCAGUACUUGGUAUUCUGACUGCAUACCAACAUAUGUGAGCUUAAUGGUUUUCAUGUAUUUUCCCUUUAAAGCACUGCUUUUAUAUUCAGAGUUUAUAUUGCUUGUUUAAUUCAUUAAAAAAUCUAAUAAUACAAUUAUAGAAAAAACUAUUUUAAAAUCAUUUGGAGAAAGUAGUUUUCGGCCAACGGCAUCUAGAAUUUUUGGUUUCGGCCCAGAAUUUUCAUUUCGGUACAUCCCUAAACAGCAUCCACUUACUGUUCCAUUCACUGAGAAACCCAAAGCUUCCAGGCAGAUCGGUAAUUUGAUGCUCUACCUGGGGUCCAGACUUCAGAUAGGUUACUUUGAGUUGAAACUGAAAGAAUACUCGUAGGUGGGGGAACAUCCUAUAUUAAGCUUGCUAUAAAUUUGAGUCUUUAACCCCUUAAGGACCAAACUUCUGGAAUAAAAGGGAAUCAUGACAUGUCACAUAUGUCAUGUGUCCUUAAGGGGUUUAAAAGAAGUUGAGUCCAUUUCAUGUGUUGGAGAAUAGUGAUGUCCCGAACGGUUCGCUGCGGACUCAUCAUUGAGUAAACUUUGACCCUGACCCUGACUUUGACACAGUCAGCAGACACAUUCCAGCCAAUCCGCAGCAGACCCUCCCACCUCCUGGACAGCUCACUAAGAAUGCAGCUUCACAAUGAAUGUAAAAUGGAUGCUGUCCAGGAGGUGGGAGGGUCUGCUGCUGAUUGGCUGGAAUGUGUCUGCUGACUGUGAAGUACAGGGUCAAAGUUUACUCAGUGAUGAGUCUGUGGCGAACCAUUCGCGAACCGUUCGGGACAUCACUAUUGGAGAAUAACAGACCUGUUCAAUGAUAUCUAUAAGAAUGUUGUCUAGAUGUGAUGACUCCCUCUUCUGUCUAAAUUUGACAUUUGUGUCAGUUGAAAAUAAAGUAAUAUGGCACUGCAUCUCUAACUGGCUAAUGCCAUAUUAGCAUUGCCUUAGAUGUAUUGUUCCGUGGGUCCAGCCUCUAUAAUUAUAGGGCUAUCUUUGAGUCUAGCUCAGGAGUCAUGCGUUUUGGUUGUUUUGGACAUUCCGUGCUUCCAUUCCAUGGAAGUCCAUUUGCUUACUCAGCCAAGUUUCUAUAUCCUUGGCAAUAAAAGAAGUGAAAGCAUUUAUUCUCACCAUGUAUCAUAAAGAGGAUUUUUCGCUUCAGAUUAUAGACAGUGUAUUACGACAGGGAUUUCUAAUCUGGAGGGGAAAAUAAGGCAGGCAAACUAGGGGUCGAACAAUGUUGUGUGUUUUUUUGUUUUGUUUUUUUUGUUUAGAGCAGGUACUGAUAAUCUGUGACCUUUCAGGCCGAUAAGUUACCGAUAUUCUGUACAUUUACCAUUUUGAAAAAAUAAACUGUCAACACAAAUCUAAUGUUAACCGAACAUGUUGAUUAUUAUUUUUUAUAUUUUUAAGAAUUUGUUUUCAAGAAUAUGUGUUUAGUGGAUGCAGUGAGUACAUUAAAUGCAGAGUGUGUGUCUUACCUGGCCUGUGAGGGGGGGUAUGGCAUUUCCUGGGGGCCCAGCAACACUUACUUCCCUUCCCAGCAGCUCCCUUGUCUAACUCUCGUGGCCUGUGUGGCGGCAACGCUCUGACGGCCACGGGACUCGCAAGACUUAGAGGAUCUGAAGGGAGCCGCUGAGAAGGUAAGAGUGUGCUGCGGGCCCUCCUGGACCCUGAUGGCAGCUCUGGUCUGCAUUAUCGGCAAUGUCGGUAUCAUUAUUUACCGAUAUUGCUGAAAAUACAGAAUAUCAGCCAGACCGAUAAUCGGUUGAUCCCCAAGGCAUCUGCGUUCCACAGAUACUUAUAACUUCUGCCAAUACCGCGUCGGGUAAGACGAAGGUGCGCAUGUGCUAGGAGUUUUUUUUUAUUAACUUUUCCAGGACUUUGGAGGCUAUAUAACCCAGCAGCAACUGUUUGCCAGGUGCUCUUAGAAUCUGUUGCAAGUGUAUUCUCACCUGCUCUCCAGCACACUUUGAGGCCAAUAAGAUAAGACUUGUUGCUUUUCUUAUUUGCUUCCAGCCUGAUUCAUAUAUUUUAAUAUUUUUAUUUUUUAUGAAAUGCUGGAACACUUUAUCAGCUUCCAUCCCGAAUAUUCUGAAAUUCUUAUAGAUGGGCUUUGCGAAAGGAUUUAGACCUUCCACACUCAAGGUCCAGAGUUCUACAAUCCGUUUCAUCUCGUUUAGAUGCUUGGCAUCGAAUAUUCUAAUUUCCAGGUUUUUCAAAGCUUUGUCUUGCUUGGUGCCAACCAUCAGGAAAACUUUUUCCCCAUGGGAUCUCAAUCUAGUGUUGACAGCGUUGUGUGAGCCUCCUUUUGAUACGCUAGGGGAAGCAUCUCUCAAGAUUCUCUCUUUCAAAACUUUGUUUUUGGUGGUAAUUACCUCUGCAAAACGUUUGCGUGAACUUCAUGCUCUCAAUUCAGUUUAUCCUUUUUUGAUUUUUUUUCCAUCAGGGCAGGGUUAUUUUAAAACUAGAUCUAUCCCAAAGUUUGUUCAACAUCUAACGUGGAUCAGUAGGUAAUUCUACAUAUUUUAUGCCAUCACCCUUCUAUUGCCUUAGAAGAGAAGUUUCAUUGCAUUGACGUUAAAAGAUUUUUACUCCAAUACUUACAAAGUUGAAGGUCCUUUAGAAAAUCUUCCACACUUAUUGUCCUCUUUCGUGGCACAAGAAAAAGUUUUCAUGUAAUCUAAUGGUGCUCUGGCAAGAUUGUGAAAGGAUUCUAUUAGUUUGGCAUAUUCAUCCUCAGAGGUUCCUCCACCUAAAUCCAUUCAAGCAUGUUCCACUAGAGCCAUCUCCACGUCAUGGGCCUUAAGUGCUUCAGCUACACUUUCGCAAAUUUGUGUGGCAGCCACUUGGUUGUCUCUCCACACUUGUUUUAAACAUUACAGGUUAGACAUACUGGCCUCGGAAGAAUCUUCUUUUGGGCGCAAGGUGUAACAUGCUGUGGUUAAAUGAGCCCCACCCUUAGGGAUUGCUUGUGUUAUCCGUGUCGUAAUGCACUGCCUCUAAUCUAAGGGAAAAGCAUACAUUUUUACUUGCUGUAAAUUUUUCUCCUGAAGAUUAGAGGCAGUGCACACUCCUCCCGCCACCCCCUUUUUUUCUAAUUUAUUAUUGCAGUUUUUUUUUAUUUUUUCUUACCUGGACAUAACCCAGUUGCAAUACCCUGGGUUACCUACAUUUGAAAAUGGUAUGCAAUGAUGGAGUUAUUUCAAUCCUGGGCUACCAUAUGGUCUCAAAAGGCAACACAGAUCCAGCAAACCAAUCUGGCAAACUGAGUUGGGCAAGCCUUAUAUUGACCCUGUAACUUUCCAAAACACCAUAAAACCUGUACAUGGGGGAUAUUGUUAUACUUGGGAGACUUCACUGAACACAAAUAUGAGUGUUUAAAACCGUAAAAACUGACACGACGAUGAAAUCACAGUAAAAGUGCAGUUUUUGUGGAGAAAAAAAAAUGCAAAAAAGAAAAAAUGAACGCUAACUUUGGCAUGUGUUUGUGGCUACUACAAAAGACUGGACAUACCCUAUUUUGAAUACUGUGGGUUGUCUACUUUUACAAAUGAUAUGGGGUUAAUUUUCAUUCCUGGGCUGCUAUACGGUCUCAAAGGCAACAUAGGCUCAGCAAACCAAUCUGGCAAAUUUCAAUGUGCAAAGAUGGAAUAGGGGAAAGCCCUACGUUUGGCCCCUGUAAGUUUGCAAAAGCCCAUGAGACCUGUACAUUGGGGGGCACUGUUUAGGGAUCGACCGAUAUUGAUUUUUUUUUUUUUUAGAGCCGAUACUGAUAUUCUGUGAACUUUCAGGCCGAUAGCCGAUAUAAUUUGCCGAUAUUCUGUACAUUUACCAUUUUGGAAAAUAAAAACUAUUUCUAAAGGUAAAUGCACAAAAUAUACAUGCCACAUGUAGUGGAUGCAGUGUGACAGGGGAGCUGUGUGUUUGUGUAGUGUAGUGUAGCAAACACACUGCAUUAUAUACACACACUAUGCAAACACACUGCAUUAUAUACACACACUAUGCAAACACACUGCAUUAUAUACACACACUAUGCAAACACACUGCAUUAUAUACACACACUAUGCAAACACACUGCAUUAUAUACACACACUAUGCAAACACUGCAUUAUGUACACACACUAUGCAAACACACACUGCAUUAUAGAAACACACUAUGCAAACACACACUGCAUUAUAGAAACACACUAUGCAAACACACACUGCAUUAUAGAAACACACUAUGCAAACACACACUGCAUUAUAGAAACACACUAUGCAAACACACACUGCAUUAUAGAAACACACUAUGCAAACACACACUGCAUUAUAGAAACACACUAUGCAAACACACACUGCAUUAUAGAAACACACUAUGCAAACACACUGCAUUAUAUACACAGUGUUUGUGUAGUGUGUUUGUGUAGUGUGUGUAUAUAAUGCAGUGUGUGUGUUUGUAUAGUGUGUAUAUAAUGCAGUGUGUGUAUAGUGUGUGUGUAUAUAAUGCAGUGUGUGUAUAGUGUGUGUAUAUAAUGCAGUGUGUGUUUGUAUAGUGUGUGUGUAUAUAAUGCAGUGUGUGUUUGUAUAGUGUGUGUAUAUAAUGCAGUGUGUGUUUGUAUAGUGUGUGUGUAUAUAAUGCAGUGUGUGUUUGUAUAGUGUGUGUGUAUAUAAUGCAGUGUGUGUUUGUAUAGUGUGUGUGUAUAUAAUGCAGUGUGUGUGUAUAUAAUGCAGUGUGUGUUUGUAUAGUGUGUGUAUAUAAUGCAGUGUGUGUUUGUAUAGUGUGUGUUUGUAUAGUGUGUGUUUGUAUAGUGUGUGUUUGUAUAGUGUGUGUUUGUAUAGUGUGUGUUUGUAUAGUGUGUGUGUGUUUGUAUAGUGUGUGUGUGUUUGUAUAGUGUGUGUGUGUUUGUAUAGUGUGUGUUUGUAUAGUGUGUGUGUUUGUAUAGUGUGUGUGUUUGUAUAGUGUGUGUUUGUAUAGUGUGUGUGUUUGUAUAGUGUGUGUGUUUGUAUAGUGUGUGUGUAUUAGGGAUCGACCGAUAUUGAUUUUUCAGAGCCGAUACCGAUACCGAUAUUCUGUGAACUUUCAGGCCGAUAGCCGAUAUAAUUUGCCGAUAUUCUGUACAUUUACCAUUUUGGAAAAUAAAAACUAUUUCUAAAGGUAAAUGCACAAAAUAUACAUGCCACGUUUAGUGGAUGCAGUGUGGCAGGGGAGCUGUGUGUGUUUGUGUAGUGUGUGUGUAGUGGAUGCAGUGUGUGUUUGUGUAGUGUGUGUUAUGGAUGCAGUGUGUGUUUGUGUAGUGUGUGUGGAGGAUGCAAUGUGUGUUUGUGUAGUGGAUGCAGUGUGUAUUUGUCUAGUGUGUGUAUUAGUGUAGUGUGUAUAUAAUGAAAGCAGAGUGUUUGUGUAGUGUGUGGGUAGUGUGUGUAAAGUGAAUGCUGUAUAUACUAAAUGCAAAGUGUGUGUGUAUAUAAUGAAUGCAGAGUGUGUGUGUAUUUGUGUAGUGUCUGUAUAGUGAAUGUAGUGUGUUUAUAUAAUGCAGAGUGUGAGUUUGUAUAGUGUGUAUAUAAUGCAGUGUGUUUGUGUAGUGUGCAUUAUAUAAACACACUACACAAACACACUGCAUUAUAUACACACACACACACUGCAUUAUAUACACACACACACACUACACAAACACUGCAUUAUAUAUACACACUACACAAACACACACUGCAUUAUAUACACACACUAUACAAACACACACUGCAUUAUAUACCCACACUAUACAAACACACACUGCAUUAUAUACCCACACUACACAAACACACACUGCAUUAUAUACACAGUGUGUUUGUGUAGUGUAUAUAAUGCAGUGUGUGAGGGGGCAUUUUUUAUUAAAUUAUUAAAAAAAAAAAAAAUUAUUUACUUAAUUAUUAUUUAUUUCUGUUGUCCCCCCUCCCUGCUUGUUACCUGGCCAGGGAGGGGGGAUAUAGCAGUCCCUGGUGGUCCAGUGGUAUUGCUGAGCUUUGGGGGGGGCGGGCAGCAAGCGCUUACUCACCUCCCAGCAGCUCCUCCAGCUCCCUAGUGCAACUCUCGCGGCCAGCGUGUCGCGCGGAGCGUUGCCAUGGUGAUCCAUGGCAACGCUCUGACGGCCGCUGGUCUCGCGAGAGUUGCACUGGGGAGCUGCUGGGAGGUGAGUAAGCGCUUGCUCUCCGCCCCCCCAGGACCGCCGGGUUUGUAAUGAGCCCGGCGGUCCCAGGAGGUAUUAUCGGCAAUAUCGGUAUCUGAAUUGGCCGAUACCGAUAUUGCCGAGAAUACCGAAUAUCGGCCGAUUAUAUCGGUAAAACCGAUAAUCGGUCGAUCCCUAGUGUGUAUAUAAUGCAGUGUGUGUUUGUAUAGUGUGUGUAUAUAAUGCAGUGUGUGUGUUUGUGCAGUGUGUGUGUAUAUAAUGCAGUGUGUGUGUUUGUAUAGUGUGUGUAUAUAAUGCAGUGUGUGUGUUUGUAUAGUGUGUGUAUAUAAUGCAGUGUGUGUUUGUAUAGUGUGUGUAUAUAAUGCAGUGUUUGUAUAGUGUGUUUGUGUGUGUGUGUAUGUAUAAUGCAGUGUUUGUAGUGUGUGUAUACAAGCACACAAAUACACUGCAUUAUAUACACACACACCAUACAAACACACUGCAUUAUAUACACACACACCAUACACACUGCAUUAUAUACACACACCAUUAUAUACACACUGCAUUAUAUACACACCAUACAAACAUUAAAUACGCAGUGUUUUUGUGUAGUGUAUGUGUAUAUAAUGGAGUGUGAGGUGGCAUUUUUUUAUUAAAUUAUUUUUUUUAUAUAUUUAAUUAUUUAUUUUUGUUGUCCCUCCUCCCUGUUUGUUACCUGGCCAGGGAGGGGGGAUAUAGCAGUCCCUGGUGGUCCAGUGGCAUUGGCUGAGCUUUGGGGGGGGCAGAGAGCAAGCGCUUACUCACCUCCCAGCAGCCCCUCCGGCUCACCAGUGCAACUCUCGCGGCCAGCGAGAGUUACACUGGGGAGCUGCUGGGAGGUGAGUAAGCGCUUGCUCUCCGCUCCCCCAGGACCGCCAGGCUUGUAAUGAGCCUGGCGGUCCUAGGAGGUAUUAUCGGCAAUAUCAGUAUCUGAAUUGGCCGACACCGAUAUUGCCGAGAAUACCGAAUUUCGGCCGAUUAUAUCGGUAAAACCGAUAAUCCGUCGAUCCCUAGCACUUUUGUACCCCGGAGAUGUUGCUGAACACAUAUUGGGUUGUUCUUUGUCAGUAACACAUAACAGGAACUGAGAAUCCAUGCCUAAAGUACAAUAUGAGAGAACAAUAACACACAAAAAAAGUGAUUACCCAAAAGUUUGAAAAAGAUUGGUGGAAGAAUUAGUGCAUGGCAACUGUUAUAAUACCACCAUUUGAAAUACCCUAGGGUGUCUACUUCUAAAAAAUAUAUGGUUUGAUGGGGGUAAAUUACAUUGGCCAACUUCAAAAAUGUCCCAACGUGGGUGCAUGAUGACCAGCUGGGAAAAUUCCAAGUUGGAAAACUAGAAUUCGUACCCUCCAAUUAAGGUCUUUUAGCCCACAGAGAACCCGACACACUUAUACAUGGGGGAUUUCACUGUACCUAGAUGUUGCUGAACACAUAUUGAACACACAACGUUCUCAGUACAUGUAUUCUUAAAUUGCUAUGUGUGUUUUUUUUUUUUUGUUUUUUUUUUACAUUUGGCAUAGAUUGGUGGUAAAAUGGUUGCAGGAAAAGAGUCAAAAUACCCCAUGUUUAAUACCUUAGGUUGUCUUCUUUUAAAAAAUAUAUACAUUUGAAGGGUUAUUCAGGGAUUCCUGACAGAUACCAGUGUUACAUUGUAAAAUGUGUUAAUUUUGAAAAAAUUGUUUGGAAAUGGCAAAGUGCUACUUGUACGUAUAGCCCUGUAACUUUCCAAAAAAAGCUAAGAACAUUGCGUAUUUCUAAACUCAGUACAAAACGUAGAAACUAUUUAGCACGGGUGUUUUUUUGGCAUUUGUAGAUGCUUAACAGAUUUUGGGGGUCAAAGUUAGAAAGUUUUAUUUGUUUUUUUUUGUGUGUUUUUACAUCAUAUUUUAUAAAAAAAAAAUUCAUAGUAAAUUAUAUGAUGAAAAUAAUGGUAUCUUUAGAAAGACCAUUUAAUGGCGAGAAAAACAAUAUAUAAUGUGUGGGUACAAUAAAUGGCAAGAGGAAAAUUACAGCUAAACACAAACACUGCAGAAAUGUAAAGUACAAAUUUAUGCUUUCUUGCAUAUGUAAAUUUGACUGUUCAACUAGAUCACUAGUCUCAACCGAAGAUACUAAUUCAGCAUGAAUCAGAAAUUUUUUUUUUUUUUUAAUUACUGCUCUUUCAUUGUAUGUAUCUAAAUGGCUCAUGUGUUGGGCCUAACAGGUUGUUCUGGUGUUUCUUAAAAUCUUGCUAGUCAUUCUACAGUAAGAGUACAUCUUAAUUUGGAAAUAAAAUACGAAUAAUACCAGAUAAUUAUAAUUGCUUAAUCACUCUAAGCUGUAUUUAGACAUUUCUUAAUUAAUUCAAACUUUUGUCAGCAUGUUGUUUUGAUUGUAUGUAUACUGGUGAUCCUGUUGACCAAAUAUGUUGAGGAUUAAAGGUCUUUUUUAAAGUAGUAUUAAUUAUUUUCUAACUUCUGCAAAAUUUAAUAUUUGAAGAAGCAAAUGGCACAAUACAUAGAAUCAAACUACUACGCCACAGUAAGACAUGGUAUUUCCAUGAACUUUAAUGUUUUUUUUAUUUUUAGUAUACUAUCCUUUACUAAUAUCUGAACUAAAAACCAUACCAUAAAUUCAUAUUUACAGUAGCAUAACUGGACUAGAAAACAAAUUUAGUCUCUUCACAGGCAGCUUCAUUGUCAAAUCAAAUUGCUAUAUUGUACAUAUCAUUGCAAUCUGGAUAUUUAGCAGCAUCCCAGAAGCAGCCUCUGAUUUCCUUAACCUAGUCAGAUUUGAAAAUUCCAUUUAAAUGCACUUGGAUUUAUUGAAUUUUUAGCCAGCUACACAUAUAGUGUUGGUAAAUCUAGACUGUUUCUAAGUGUUUUGGAAUUAAGGAUAUUUAUUUUAAUUUUAUUUUGUAAUGCAUAAAUCUCCUGGUUUAUUAGAUGCGUUUUUCUAUGUGCAUAGUAUAUGAGCAUGAAUACACCCUCUGGAUAACUGGACUUUAUUUUCUGUUCAUUUAAGUCAUCUGUAUUGGGGUUUUAUGGUUCAUUUGACACUUACUAGAGAACUUAGUGCUUGGGAAAUUUGUCAACUUUCUUAGGAAAUUUUAGGCUUUCAUUUAUUGGCCUGUGUUUGAGCUUGGUGGGCAUCAUGGGAAGUGUAGUCUACAAUAGCUGCUGAAUCAUAUAAUUGGCAGUCAGUUUAACUAUAUAAUUUUCAUAUUCAGUUUUUUUAUUUUCCCAUUACAAUUUAAUAAUCCUCACUAAUUCACUACUUUGAUCUUUCUGUGUACCUGGAACAUUGAUUAAACUUCACUGCUAAAUUUUUCCUAAAUCUUGUCUCGUUAUAGGACUGGGAAAGAGGGACAACCACGAGAAUACUAUACACUGGAUUCCAUCUUGUUCCUGCUCAAUAAUGUCCAUCUCUCUCAUCCAGUGUAUGUGCGACGUGCUGCAGUGAGUACAUGCCUUCCUUGAAUGAUUGUUUUGCAAGAUUAUUUUUAAGGUGUAAAGUAUGCAAAACAAAUAAAGGGCCACUAAAGUAACACAGACCACUUCAUCUCAUUGGUCUGGGUUACUUUAGUUGCCCUUUAACACUUAACCAAGAAUGUAAUCUGUGCUAUAACCAUACCUAAAGCAGGGGCUGAACUGUGUGCAUUUAGGGGCUCUCAUUCAAUGUUUACCCCCUCAAAAAUGGUAUUAGGGGGAUGUUGCCAGGGGACUCCAGCCAAUAUAACCCAUUCAGUUAGAUGAAAUGGUUAGUGACUAGAGUUUCUCUUUGAAGGGACACUGUCAUUUGUUUCCCUCUGUUUCCCUUUAAUUAUGCCCCUUGUAUCUUAAUGAUUAUCUCCCCCACUGUUUGCCACUUGCGUUUUAGUUAUACAUAUUUUCUUUCACAUUUUAUUCUCCUCUGUCCAUGGGGUCUGUAGUUUGCCCUUCUGUGGAAUUCUUUUAACUGGUGAAUUGUGGCUAAAUUAGCAUAACCGCUGAAAUGGAACUUUAAAUAAGCUGUGCCCGUUUCUCUCUAUUAGAAAAAGUAGCCAGUACGAUAUCUACUGUACAGCUAUGGUGAAUUAAAAAUAAAUAAAUAAAAAAAUGCCAAGUGGAAAUACAGGUGCAAAAAAUAAAUUAAAAACAAAACCUACAAAGUGACAGUGCAGCUAUUAAUUUCAUUGACGUUCGUAAUGUAUUCAAAAAACUAUGCUUCACAUAAAUUUUUGUUGCAGUUGGUGAAAUGUACAUUUUAUUGCUAGUCUAAGAAUUUUCUUUCUGUCUGUUUUUAACUUUGUGAUUUAUAAUAUUUCAUAUUUUUUCAGACUGAAAACAUUCCUGUGGUUAGAAGACCUGAUAGAAAGGACCUUCUUGCAUACUUAAAUGGGGAAACAUGUAAGUAGCCCUUAUACUGUGUUCUUAUUUCCAAAGACAAUGUGUGGUCAAAAGUAUGUGGGAACACUUUCUAAUUAAUGGACAAUUCUAUUUUAAACCAUGUUGCUGACAGGUGAUAAAAAUCAAGCACACAGCCACGCAAGUAGCAAUAGAUUGCCCAGUGCUGCAGAGUUUGAUGUUCAGUGUGACAAUCAUUAAGUGCCACCUUUUUAUUUUUCAUCAAGCUAUCAUGCUGUUUGGCAGUACACACCGUAUACCUUCUGCUCACUGUUCUGCUGAACAGAAAACAUUAUUCACAGGUGUGGUAAAGCCACACAAGCACACCAAGCUGGCUGGCCUAAGCUUGUUGCUCUUAGUGCGUUAAAGUCUGUUCCGGGAAAAAUGAAAAAUCUUGAAGCAAGAACUCUGUAGAUUCAGUUUCCAUAUUUAAUGACCCACACAUAACCCUAUUUACAGUUGUUCCAGCAUGCUCAAACAUUAUAGAUUAUUUUAUGCUUUUGUCUUUGAGAACAUGUUUUCAUCAUGACAUUACCACGGUCUACAAUGCUAGUUCCAUGCAGAACCCUAUUAAACACGUGAUCCAAUAUACUAGACAUGAGACUGAAGCUACCUAGGUGCCAACAAAUAUUUAAAAUAAUGCAAACAUCACGAGUCUCUGAGGUGCUGCUAUCCCCCCACAAUGUGACUCCAUCAGUGGUAAACAAAAUCAGAAAUGAAAAAGGAGGGAAGAGCUCCAGUGUGCUGUGCAAGAGGUGUUACAAUAUUUAUUGGAGAACAAAGAUAUUUUGCAAAUGUUUGUCCUUCAAGGGACACUAUAGCCACCAGAACAACUACAGCUUAAAGGGACACUAUAGUCACCUAAAUUACUUUAACUAAAUAAAGCAGUUUUAGUGUAUAGAUCAUUCACCUGCAAUUUCACUGCUCAAUUCACUGUCAUUUAGGAGUUAAAUCACUUUAUGUUUAUGCAGCCCUAGCCACACCUCCCCUGGCUAUGAUUCUCAGAGCCUGCAUGAAAAAAAAAACUGGUUUCACUUUCAAACAGAUGUAAUUUACUUUAAAUAAUUGUAUCUCAAUCUCUAAAUUGAACUUUAAUCACAUACAUGAGGCUCUUACAGGGUCUAGCAAGCUAUUAACAUAGCAGGGGAUAAGAAAAUCUUAAACAGAACUUGCAAUAAAGAGAGCCUAAAUAGGGCUCUCUUUACAGGAAGUGUUUAUGGAAGGCUGUGCAAGUCACAUGCAGGGAGGUGUGACUAGGGUUCAUAAACAAAGGGAUUUAACUCCUAAAUGGCAGAGGAUUGAGCAGUGAGGCUGCAGGGGCAUGUUCUAUACACCAAAACUGCUUCAUUAAGCUAAAGUUGUUCAGGUGACUAUAGUGUCCCUUUAAUGUAUUUGUUCUGUUGAGUAUAAUAGCUCCCAUCAGGUAUUUUUAUGCAAAUACUGCCUUUUCAGAGUAAAGGCAGUGUUUACAUUGCCCCUAGGGACACCUCCAAGUGGCCACUCCUCAGAUGGCCACUGGAGGGGCUUCCUGGCUCAGGGCUGCACAGUAGGCAGCCCUGCCAUUCAGCGUCCCCACGCUCUGCAUGAGUCGCUGAAUUUUCAAUGCAUCUCUACGAGGAGGUGCUGAUCGGCUAAAAUGGCAUUUGAUGAUGAUGAUUUUGAUGUCACCAAGGGGACGGGGCCAUCACCGGCAGACCUGUGGAGAGCUAAAACCCAUUUUUUGGAAGGGGAUAAGGGGGUGUGGCAAUCCACCAAAAUGGUGGGUUUUCACUAUAGGGUCAGGAAUACAUGUUUGUGUAUUAAUUUUUAAUUUCUGAUUUUAUUUUUUAUUUUUUUUCAUUUCUCACUAUUAAAUGUCCAAUCAUCCAACAUCGGUGCUCACCCUCACAAAUGCUCUUGUGUCUGAAUUGUAAGCAAUUCCUCCUGGCAGAGUUCACCAUCUAGUGGAAAACAUUCCUAGAAAAGUGAAGGCUAUUAAAGCAACAAAGACUGGAUUGACUCAAUUUUACUGCCUGUAUUUUGUAGUGAAGUGGUCUGAGUGCAAUGUUCCAGGUCCCUUAAUCAUGAGCAUGUAAUUAUUGCAGUUUUAAUGAACUGCAAUAAUUAUCUGAUAGGGUUGAUUCCUUGUCUAGUGGACAGCCACCAGAGGGACUUCUAGGCUUUUUUGGAUCGCCUAAAUGAUGCUGUACAUCCUCAUGCUAUGGACUUCCAGCAUCACUGGAAUCUCCAUAGGAAAGCAUUAAAUAAUUGGGGAAAUCCUAAUGUAAGCGGCCAUUGCCGUGCAUGCACAUUAGGUCUCCCCUGCCGGCUGACGUCGGCGUGGGAGGAGCGCGGGUGCCGCCGAAGGACAUUGAUGCUGGACCUAGGUACACAACGGGGGGGAAGCCUUGACAGAGGUAAGCUAUAGUGCCAGGAAAAUUAGUUUCUUUUCCUGGCACUAUAGUUUCCCUUUGAGCAGGUUUUGUUUUUGCCAAUCUACAAUGUAUAUCAAAGUUCAUGGCCCUUGACAAUAUUAAUUACAUUUUAUUUGUGUAAUUGUGUAUUGGGAGGUAACUAUAUCAUUGCUUUACAGGAAUAUUUUUAAUUGAAUCUGUCACAGCUGUGAACAAUUACCUUCCUUCUACUUUUUCAUUUUGUAAUUGAUUAUAAUAAAGCUUCAUUAUUUUGUAAAGCCAUUUGGUUCUUUAGAGUGUAAAGAGAGUUAAUAUGCAGAUGCUUUCAUUCAUUUCCUUGAUCGUAAAAAGGGACACUGUUGGCAGCAUAUACACUUUAGUUUACUGAAGUGGCUAUGGUGCUAUUCGUUUGACAAAAGUGGCCAUUUGAAUUUUUCAGGAAACUUUCUUAUCCCAUUAUGUCUCCAAUUUAUUUCUCUGCAGCUACAUCUGCAAGUAUAGACAGAAGUGCACCGCUUGAAAUUGGUCUUCAGAGAUCCACACAAGGUAUUGUUCAAAAUGCUUUUACAUGCAUUCCUUUACCCAGAAUGGUUUAUCAAUAUUGGUGAUUACACACAAGCAUUGGUGGUGUGAGUGCAAUACUUUUAUACAGUGAAACACAUGAGUACACUAGUAAUAGAAAAAGCCCGUAAGCUUCUUCUCAUGUGCUUUUUUUUUUUUAAUUUUAUUUUUUUAGUAGUUUUAUACAAAGAUGAGCUAUCCGCUUAAAAGCAGAGUGAAUUUGAAAGUUGAUGCAUAGAGCAUUUAAGAAAUAAGAAAUGGUGUAUGCUUGUGGUGUGACUUCACAUGCUGCUUCUUUACUAAGGGGCCAGUAUUGAAUUGAAUGUGUGAUGGCAUAAUUUGUAUUUUUGCAAUCUUUGCAUCAUGUCACAAAUAUGCUUCUGGCAACAUGCCAAAAAAAGAAAAUAACUGUAUUAGAGUGAAUUAAAGAAUUAGAUUUAGAAUUUUUUUUUUCUUCGAAUUUCUGCCAGAUAAGGAUUUCUACACCAUGAUGAAAAGCAAAACAUGUACAGAAAAGGAAAGUCUUGGGGUAAUUUUGUUUAGGGGAUUUGAAAAUUUUAAAUGUUUUUAAUGUUUUGGACUGAACAAAUAUUAGGGUUCAGGGAAUUCCAUAGGGAAUAAUAAAGUCAAAGUAUAUUUCAUAGUACUGUUAAGGUGGUGAAGAAAUAUAGUUUUUAAACUAUGACGCCGUAACAUCUCGGAUGCCAAGGUUUGCUUAGAAGAUUUAAAUGAAGUAUGCAAAAGUUGAAAUGAAUGUUAUGAAUUAUUUGGUUUUGUUUCUAUUAGUUAAACGAGCUGCAGACGAGAUCUCAGCAGAGGUAAAGAAGCCACGGGUUGAGGUAAGUGUUGCACAUUACAAUUUGGGAUAACAAAAUCAAAUGAACCAGUCUUGCGAAUAGUGGUCAAUUUACUUAAAUGUAAUUUUCAGGUAUUGGGCACUGGUUUUUGUUCAAGUAAGGAAUAUCCCUACUAGGGCUGCCUGUUGGUGGAUUGCUGGAUUUAAAAAAAAUAAAAUAAUUUAUUUUAAAGGAACACAAUGUUGUCAGGAAAUCAAACAUGUGUUCCUGACACUUUAGCGUUAAACACACUGUUUAGAUCCUUGCCACCACUCCCCCACACCCCUUCUGUCAGAUCAGUGAAAGGUGUUUAAUGAUCUCAGCCAUGGUGUAAAAGGUCAGUUUAAAGUUGAAAAAUUUGGAAAUUAACUUACUUUCCAAAGCUGGCUGGGAAAGCGGUAAUGGUCUUCUCUAACCCGUAGGGGUCACUGUAGUUAAAACUUGCUAAUGAUAACUCUCAGAUAAGAAGAUAAUGCAGCUGUAAAGUUAAAGAUAAAUAUGUAGCAACAAUAGGGAUCUAACAAUAUGGGCCACACUUGUAUUAAUACAGCAGAGUCUCUGAAAAAAGAGCAUAGGUUUGUGAAUCAAAAAUGAAGUAUUUAAAUAAGGCAGGGAGACUUAAAAAGGCUGUUACUUAAUCUUACUAAACUCAAUGAAUUGCUACCUUAUCACUGAAUAUUUGCCAGCCAGUCUACAUCUUAGAAUAGAAAAAAAAUAGUACAAAAACAAAAGUAGAAAUGAAAAGUAGUUAAAUCAGUCAUUGGUCAAGUAAAGUGCAACAGCAUGCAACGAGUGUUUCACCCAUUGCUUCGGGAUCAUAAAGAGUUUAUAACAUGCUUAUCAUUGUGAAUCUCCCUUAUAAUAUUGUAUGUUUCAAAGCAGUGCUACUAAUGCAAUAUGUCCUAACAGGAUGAGGAACGUGUCCGUCUCGACAAGGAGCGUUUGGCUGCAAGGCUGGAAGGCCAUAAAGAAGGCAUUGUGCAGACAGAACAAAUUCGGUAAACUAACUUUUGCACUGCUUAUUUUUUCUUUGCCAUGAAAUAACACACAUUAAAUGGACUGCCAUUGUAUUAUUAAUAUAAUGGUUUCUCAACAACCUGCAGAUUUACAAAUAUAUAAAAAUAUGUAAUAAAUUCUUCAACAGUUGCUUGUGUCUUGGUUUAACAGUUGGCAUGUUGAUUAUUUCUCCCAUUGCCUCCUUUUAUAUUACACUAUAGAAUAAAUAGCCCCCCUCAUCAAACUAGCUUUAAGGCCUUUUAAAAUGUUUUAAAACUCUUAACUCAAGUAAAAAGUAUUUACCUAAACAUAAAUGUUAUGUAGGUAAACCUGCCAUUAUUUACAGAGAACCCUUUUUUUUUGUCAGCUACAUUUUACUAAUGUAAUAACUUUUGAGUUUUAACUCGCACUACCUCUGCUGUUCUCAACGAAAAAUCAUCUGAUACGGAUCAUAUCAAAAUUAAGAAAGUAACGGCAUUCAGCCAAAAACAUUUAGAAUGUCUUAUGGUUGUGCAGUUGGUGAAAAUGCCUAGGUAUUUGUAACCUAGUCCUCCAGAAUUUGAAGACUUUUAAUACAUUGUUAUGAACAUUGUUACAUUAUAUUUUCAAUAAAAUACGCUGUUUUUUUUCCAGAUCACUGUCAGAAGCAAUGUCUGUCGAGAAAAUUGCUGCGAUCAAAGCAAAGAUCAUGGCAAAGAAAAGGGGUACGAUCAAAACCGAUCUGGAUGACGACAUUACUGCAUUAAAACAGAGAAGCUUUGUAGAUGCUGAAGUUGAUGUCACAAGGAGCAUUGUCAGCAGAGAGAGAGUAUGGAGAACAAGAACAACUAUUUUACAGAGUACAGGCAAAGUGCGUGCUAUUUUUUUUUUGUGUGCUUUUUUCCCCCUCUUCUAUAUAUUUAACUUGCCGAUUUUAGUUUUCAAAUUUGGCUUUUUUGACUUACAAUUUGAAAUUCCCUGGUCAGUUUACAAUAAUUCACAGUUUAGUUAAUAGCCCUUUACGUUUCUACACUUUGACGCCUGCUCCUCUUUGCUUGUGGAAUAUUUCUCCAAAAGUAACUGAUGAAGUAACUCCAUUUGAGAUUCACUUGCAUUUCCUUUUUACUGUUCGUUACAGUAAUUACACUUCACGUCUGUAGCUCUUGGACAAAAGAUGUGAUGAUAAAUUUAAAGUUGUCUGCCAUGAUAGGUAUUUCGUCAUUCAUCAUUCUUUUUAUGGAAGAUAGACACUCUUCUGGAUUGAAAUGUGUGCCUUAUAGUUGUCUUGAAUCAUUUCCAAAAGUGAUGCAAGACAACUGCACCUUGCAUGCAACCAGACACACUUUGUCAACUUCAGGUUUGUCCUAAAGUGACUGUUAUGCCCAAAACAACUUAUGCUUAUUAUAUUCUGUCUCUGCAUUGUGCUAGCAGUUUUGCUACAGAUGUAUAGAUUGAGAGGAAAAAAACUAUUUAACCCUUGUGAAAAUAAAACUUAAAACAAUUGUUAUCCCCUCCUACUCAUCCCUUAUAUGCUGCCAUUCCCAAAGUUACUUCAGUUCUUUCUUGUCCAGCCGCAGGACGGACAGGCAACCUUUGUUGUUUUUUUUUUUACUAGGUUGAUAAGGCAUCACAAAAGUUAUUGUUGCAUGAGGGAGGCAAUCUAAUAGAUCCCUUUGCAUCAGGCUGCAGGACAUGUUCUUUAAACCUUGCGGGAUUACAGAGUGUUGUUUCUGGUUUUUUGUUUUUUUUGGCCUGUAGCAAGUGCGCUAUUCAAGCUCCAGAUUGAUGCAAGAAAAUGUUGUGCUUCCAAUGUUCUGUUAGAAAACUGCAUCCAAAGCAGUAGGAGAUGCAGUCUUUUCUAACCUGGUUUCAAUAUAAUCUGACAUCUGAAACGGUUAGUCAGUGGAAACAAUCCAGAUAGUCUGUCCGGCACAGAUCGAGAUAAAAGUCCUCUUCUCAUUCUGACUUUUCUGGCGAUUGCUCACCCUCCUCUGUAUAUGAUCCAGCCAAGACUCAAGUAUGGAUUCAGGUUUUCCAACAGAAGAGCUAAAUAAGUUCAUCCAACGGGUUGCAGCUAUUUUGCAGGAAGGUGAAACUUCUAAGAGAAAAGGGAAAGGUUUUUCUAUACGUCCUAAACUUCUGUUAUUAGUUCAGCGACACUGGAAAAACACUGAGGAAAGGGCAUUUAUUUCCAGGCAUUUAAAACAUAUAUUCAAACUGUGAGAUGAGGAGAAUUGGGAACAUUCAGGUGGCUCAACUGUUGAAUAAGACCAUGCAAUGCAUGGAAAUAACAAAUUAAUCCACAGAUUUGGAGCACAAGAGCAGACUGGUACAGCAUUCAGUUUUUGCAAAGACCUGCACCAAAAUUUUUGGUUUCUUCAUACCCAUUUCAGUUUAAAACAGAAGUGCUUUUAUCAGAAUCCCAGAUCCUUUUAGGAUAGGAUCUAAAAGAUCCAAAUGCAAAACAGGAGUUCCAAGGGGUAUACUCAAGACAUUUUUUCCCCCCCCCUCCUAUACUGGAUAUAGAGACAUUGACUUAGCAUACAAUAACAAAGGUUUUGUAUAGAGACCAUUCUUUGUCACCUCCACGUUACAAAAAGUAGACUACAUGAUAACGAACUCAUGACGGUUACCUCAAGAUAAGAUUUGCAACCAAGUAGGGGGAGGAAGAUCCUGCUUUUCCGAUUUAGGGCCUAUCUUUUGGCCUGGUUUUAGCGCAGAGGAUUUUAACAAAUAUUCUGAUUCCAUUGGCUGCCGCUCUAAGAAAAGUGUUUCCAUCGUCCCGUAUCUAAACUAUUGGUUCCUCAAAACUAAGAGUCAAUUACCGAUCAACAUUCAAACCACAAUACAUUUACUACAUAAGCAUGGUUGGAUAGUCAACUGGGAGAAUGCUCAACUUUCUCCUACUACAAAGAUUCAGUUCCUGGGUCUUUUAUUUGAUUCUGCAUCACUUUCACUGUAUCUGCCUGCACAGAAGAUGAAGAUAAUCAAGAAAGAAAUUUUAUUCUAUCUUCAGACAUAGCCAACAUGUUCUGUCAGAAGGGCUAUGAGUACUCUGGGUGUUAUCACUUCCUCUAUUCUGGCAGUAUAGUGGGCAAAAGCAGAAUUGAGACCUCCUAAAUGGUUUAUUUUGAGGAAUUGGUCAAAAAGAUCUAGGUGCAGAAUUCAGUCUCGCCACAAAAGUGUAACCAGCUAAAAUUGUGGAGAGACUCAAAGUUUGUCCUUCGUAUUCUCUUUCCAAUCAAGGGAAUGGUUCACUAUUCCAAAAGAUGCCUAAAAGUUUGGCUGGAGCGCGCAUUUUUAUACAUUUGGUCUGCGGUAGAGAACUGCUUAAUCAUCUAUGGAAUUAAAACAGAUGUCCCUAGCAUCUUAGAAACUACCAACCUUAGACAUUCUUGUACAACAGGACAUCCAAAAUGGCAUGGCUACUGCAAGGCUGACUCAUAAAAAAUGAAGGGGUUCAGGAACAUAUGAUGGACCUUCUUCUUAAUACAACUAGAUCUACAUCCAAGAUUUAUGAGCAUAUGGAAGAGAAAUUCUCAUCUGGUGUAGGGAUCGUGACUGCCUGAAUGUCAUUCCUGCUUUUAAAACCAUUUUCUGCAAGGUGGUUUGACUGCUGGCCUUCCGCCAUUUAUUAAUUCAGGACUUUGCCUCCAAAGUACUUAUUAGUAAAUUCUAAAGCGGCCAUACUCAGACGGCCUCCAUGCAAGUACUUGUUUCAUACUUGGGAUUGAUCACUUGUGCUCAGAGCUCUGUGUAAGUCUCCUUUUGAAUGUUUUGAAGAGUUUCUUUUAAACUGUUAUAAAAACUGCUUUUUUGGUGGCAAUUACAUCUGACAUGAGUAGAUGAGAUUAAAGUGCUUCCCUUUGUAGAGGAAAUGUGACUAAAUCUCUAUUUUACAUUGAAAACAUUGUAACUUUGUGUAAUAUGAUGUAUUCAGUGUAUAUGAGGACAAUUUAAGGUAUUUAAAUUUUUUUAUUUUUUAGCAGGUUCAUUCUAAAACAAAGUAAUCUUUACUUUGUCUUAUGGAAUCUUUGGAGUUUUACUGAAAUUCCAGUGCAGUCAGCAUUUGUAUUUCAUAAAAAGUAUCCCUGUAUGUUGUUUCACAAGUGACAGAUCCACUUUAGUGAAUGUAAUAAUAUAAGCCAACCUGUAGAUGGCAGACUUGUACUUCAAAUGUCCCAUUUUGAUUUAUUUUUGUAUGUUUGCCAUUCAUCCGUAACAUGACGCGUCUUUAUAGCUAAUAUAUCAGCUCCAUUAUCUAUUUUAUGUUGCAUGCGUAUCGAUCUGCGGAUCUUGCCUUUUAUUUGAAGUUACUAUUAAAGCCCUUAAAUUUAAAGGCAACAUGUAUUGGGGAGUAUGAGUUUGCAACAAAUUUAAAUUAAGUGUUUUCAUUGUAAUUUGUUAACAUGCACAGUGUCUGAUAUUUUUACAUCAAAACAUAUCUGUUGUAAUGGGAAAUUCUUUUUCUCUUUUCUAGAAUUUUGCAAAGAAUAUAUUUGCAAUUCUUCAGUCCGUAAAAGCAAGAGAAGAGGGCCGUGCUCCAGAGCAAAGACCAACUCAGACAGCAGCAGCAUCCGUAAGCAUAUCAGUGUUGAAUACUGGGCAUUAGCCUUUUGCCUAAAACAGAUACCAUAAAGCAUUCAAUAUAUCAUGAACGGUAUUGUAGAAAACAGUGAGGUUUUCUUAAUAGCAGAUGUCCCAUAAAAUUUUUGUUGGUUUAGAUUGUUAUUGAUACACGUAUCAUGUGCAUUUUAGAAUUGGUUGUGUAGAUUACCUUUGUAAAGAAACACACCUACAAGUUUAUUCAGUAGUUUUCAAACUGUACUGAAUUCAAAUAUUUUGUUUGUGAUACACAGCUGUAUAGUUCUUUGAUAAAGCCUAAUGCAGACAUAGGCAACCUUCGGAACUCCAGAUGUUUUGUACUACACCUACCAUGAUGCUUUGCCAUCAUUAAGGUUGUAAGAGCAUUGUGGAAGAUGUAGUCCACAACAUCUGGAGUGCCGGAGGUUGCCUUUGACUGGCCUAAUGUAAAGGGCAGUGGUGUCUAGAAUUUUAUGACAACCAGGAUCAUUGCCUCUUAAACUGCUAAGAUUGUGGAUUUCCCAGGAAUACAGUUGAGGUGAAUUUCUGAUAAAAAAUUUUUUUUCUUUUUCUAUAUGCAUAGUCCUAAUGGACUGGAAAAUGCAGGUUUUAGGACACACAUUAAUAUAUAGUAUAUUCUGUUUUGCAGGACCCAACAUUAAGGACCAAGCAGCCUGUCCCAGCUGCCUACAAUAGGUACGAUCAGGAAAGAUUUAAAGGCAAAGAAGGUGAGUAUUCUCUGUGUAUAUGUUAAAUGUAAGGCAUGUUUGUUUUAAUGGAAACAUCCACAAAGAGACACUCCAGUGUUGUGUAGUAGUUAUAGUGCCCUGGUGUCCCCCCUCUCCACCAUGUAAGUAGUCAAAGUUUUAAAUGGUGUCUCCUUACCUGAAGUCUACCUGAAGCAGUUGCCUGUUCAUUUCUUGAAUUAAAGGACCACUAUAGGCACCCAGACCACUUCAGCUUAAUGAAGUAGUCUGGGUGCCAGGUCCAUCUAGGAUUAACCCUGCCUGCUGUAAACUGCCAUGUUUACCUAUGGGUUAAUACAGCCUCUAGUGGCUGUCUCAUUGACAGCCGCUAGAGGCGCUUCUCACUGUGAUUUUUCACAGUGAGAAGACGCCAGUGUCAUGGGAAAGCAUUGAGAAUGAUUUCCUAUGGACUGGCUGAAUGCGCGCGCGGCUCCUGCCGUGCAUGCACAUUCAGCCGAUGACCGCUAUAUGGAGGAGAGGAGGAGGACAGUUCCCCGCCCAGCGCUGGGGGGGGAAAAGGUAAAUUUAACCCCUUCCACCCCCUAGAGCCUGGCAGGAGGGGGGCCCUGAGGGGGGUGGGGGGGGGGGCGUGGGGGACAUAGAGACCCUAUAGAGCCAGGAAAAAGAGUGUUUUCCUGGCACUAUAGUGGUCCUUUAAGCCAUGGAUCGCCAGGGAGAGAGCUUGUGCCUCUCUGAGGGCAGGGUACAACACCCAGCAAACUCCAAAUAAGAGGUUGAACUAUUCUAAAACAUUGGGUGGAGGAGUGGCACCUGGACACUCAUAGCUUCGUAACGACUACAGCAAAAUGUAGUUAUGGUAAUUGCAUAGUUCAUUUAUGCUAAGGAAUAUCAUCUUGCUGUCUCUUGAAAAUUCUGUGCUUGGUGUUUACAAGUGUUUAGGGAAAGAAGAGAAUCUGAGCAGUACCUGCACUAAAAUGAAGGAGCUGAAGACUGCAAUUCACUUGGAGGUCACUGUAGUUACAAAUAAUUGGUUAAAUGUUUUGCAUUGUGCCCCUGUUUUUAGGUGGGGUGGUUUAAAUUAAAUUAAAUUAAAUUAAAACUGCUGGGAUAAUAUUUGCGUAAACCUUUGUACCUUACUGCUAACAAUGUUGCCUUAUAAAAAUGACUUGAUAAUGAAAGUGAGUCAAGUUGAAUUAGCAGCUGAAUAACUCUGCUUUGAUUUGGUAACUAAAUUGAUACCGGGGGAGAGUAUGCAUACUUGUGCACUACCCCAUUGCCUAGCACACAUUCCCAGCAUUACAUUCAUGCAGGAAGCUUCACAACCCAGGAACAAAACAUGGUUCAGUAAAUCUCUUUAUCUUUCACGUUAAAAGUUGGAUUUCUCAGUCCAAUUUGUGAUAUGCAGAUGAUGCACAACAGUAAUUUUUCUAUCUGCGUCAACUAGUGAGGAGUUGAUAAUUUAAUCUCCCCACAAAUUAUUUUGAAUCUGUCUAGAUUUCUCAGAUUUUAUGUUGACAUUGAUAACUGACAGUUGGAAUAACAUUUAUUACAAAUGCUUGGAUGAAUUAAUGUUUUUUUUUUUUGGGACCGCUUUUAAUUUGAAUUUUUCCAAUGCUACUGUAACUUUUUAAAAUACAGAUAUAGCUGUAUAUGAAUACGAUUUGUUUUAUUAAGCUUGCAAAUCAUGCUUGGAAAAAAUUAGUAACCUACAUGGUACUGUUUUUUUUACAAUUUUUUUUUUUUUAAUUUUUUUUUCAGAAACGGAAGGAUUUAAAAUUGACACUAUGGGAACGUACCACGGCAUGACUUUGAAGUCUGUGACUGUAAGUUUUGUGGCCUUGCAAUGUUCUGUUCUUUGUUAAAGGAGCAACCUAAAGUUAAAUAAUACAGUUUGGUCCAGAAGUACGUCUGUGACACAAUACUAAAGGCAUUACAACAACUUAAGCUUUGGUGUAUAGAUCGUGCACUUGAACCCUCACUGCUCAAUUUUGUUAUUUAGGAGUUAAACUGGUUAUAUCACCUCUAACUUACAUUGUCUCCUUCCACUUUCAGUAUUUAUUCUUCUUUUCUAAUCUAUUCUCUUUAAACCAUUAGACAAAGUAAGAGCUACUUUGACUUAUGAUUUUUUUCCUCCACUUGGUAAAGGGUUAAGCUUAAGGUAUGCUUUACCUCUUUUGUUAAGCUGAAAAAGCUGAAGCUUGUCUUAAAUUCCAAACUAAUGUCUCAUUUAUCAAGCAGGAUAAAAUACUUAAGACAGUACCCACCUACUUUUGUUAUUUAAAAAAAAAAAAAAGUAAAAUAGAUCAGAAAUUUAGAAAAGAGCAGAUUCUAAAAGAGGAUGAGAAGACCAAGCAAUAGGAGAAAGAUAAGUUUGAGGACAGAGCCACUUUACAUUUGUUUUGUCGCACAGCCUGCUUGGUAAUAUUUUUAGUCAGAUCUUAACUUACUUUGGAAGUUUUUAACCUCCUGCUCUGUUAAUUUAUCUUUAAUCACACACAAGAAUUCUGUAUCUUCUCUCUAGUAAUGCUAGACCUUUACUGCAGCUAUUUCAAUUUGUAUUUUUAAUAUCCUCAAUUUAAAGUUGACAGUCUGCACUUUAAAAAUUUAGCGUUGGCAAUAUAUAUUUAAUACGGGUUUAGAGUCACUUUAACAUUAGUUUACACAGCUAUGAAAAUGAUCUGUAAUAUAGUCUUCUCUCAGCAGUUACUUUGCCUCCAAUACCAUGGCUGCAUUGGGGUAUAAGGUGUAUGCCUGUCAACAUGAUGAAUUAAACCAUCACAAUGUAGGCACAUUUUAUUUUAUUUUUCUUGCAGAACUUGCAUGUGUGGCAGACAUUGGAUCUUCCCACUACUUUUGUUCUAACUAUUGUUGUAAUAGUUCAUAUGCAACUUUUGUGUCUUGUAUUUGUGGAUCUCUGGCACUAAUAGUUACUUGAUUACUUGUAAUUUGUCCAUAAGAUUUGAAAUAAUAGCAGGCCCAGAGGACAAUUUGAGUGUGUCGCAGGUAACCUAUGUUUCUACUUUUCAGCAUAUAUGUGCCCACUUUUUGUAAAUACUGUGGUAAUUUUAUGGAGCAAGAUGCCAUUUAUGGUUGGAAUGUAAGCUGUUGUAAAGCUCAUGCUUUGUGUUUGUGCAAUAUCCUCUUAUGACCAUGAGAUGGCAAUAGAAAUCAAUUUUUCAGUAAAAUGUGCUAACUUGUUUAAAAUAUAACCCAGGUUUUCAGUAUGUAUAGUUGAUCUUACAGAGCACUAUCUAUAUAUUAGAGAUUUAGUGGAGGGGUUUUAAAUAGCUCAUUAGUCUUGAUAUGCAUAUGUUGGUAAUGCUUUCAUACAAAUUAAAUCAAAAGCCAGGAACCGUUCAAAUACAUGUAAGAGUCUUUGUUAGAUUAUUCUCAUCAUUACCAUUGUUUAAUAGACCCGAGGUAGGCAACCUUUGGCACUCCAGGUAUUGUGGACUACAUCUUCCCUGAUGCUCUGCCAGCAUUGUCAGUAGAUAUAGUCCAUAACAUCUGAAGUACUGGAGGUUGCCUACAGCUGCUUUAGACCAAUGGGUACAUUUGUCACACCUACCACUAAGAUGGCCCCGGCUGUGCGUUGGGCAUGUAUUUGGUGCUUCUAUAUGUGUGACUUCUCUCUUCGAGCAUCAUCACGUGGGCACAGGUGAAUCUGACUGUAGUUUCCAUAAUCAAUCCUUAAAUCUUCCCAGUCAUCUGAAACUUCUUAUGAGCACAAUUAAUCAAGCCUUAAAUGUUAGACCAGAAAUUUUUACCUGACGCACAGGAUUCCAGAAUGGAUUAGUAGACCAUAAGCAGAUAAUCUUAUUCAGACUCAAAGAAUGAAGGAAUAUGGUUUAUUUUCUAGAUAUGAUCAUGUCAUCUGAGUGUGUUGUAGUUUCCAUGGGAAACUAAUGACCUUCUUUUGACAGCCUCUAUAAUUGUCUGUCUGUAUCCCGAAGGCAUCUUAAAAAUGUGAAAGGCAGUCAUUAGCAAUUUGAAGGAUCGGGGCGCUUGAUUUAAUGAUCAAACUAGUUGCAAUUACUCUUUAAUUCUGGUUCUAGGUACAAAAUGAUGGGUGGCUCAUGAUAUCUUAUAUGCCUGGAUUGAUUUCUAUAGUUCUUUUAAGCAGUUGUUUAAAAAAUAUCCCUUUUGUUUUGUUAGCACAAUGAGUUUAUUUUUUAUUUUUUCUGGUUUUGUUUAGAGAUGUGUAUUAGUACUUGAGUGCUACUUUUCAUAAAUUGCCUGGGCUUUUGGAAGUUAUGCACAGGCUAAUACUGUGGCUCUAACAAACCUUUGUUAAACACUUUUUCUAUAUGUCUGACUGUUGUGAAUUACAAUUUGAACAGAACUGUCAGGAGUGCUAGCGGUGCUUUUAGUACCUCACUUUUAUUAUUAUUAUACCUACGUCUGAUGCUUGCCUUAAAGACUUCUCUAGGGCUGCACCAUAUCUAUGGAACACCCUUCCCAUCUCUUAGACUUUCACCCAGUCUCCACUCUUGAAAAAGAUCUUUGUAAACUUCUUCAGGUAAGCAUAUCAACUAAACUGUAAACCGUUUUCCCUCCCCACACCCCGAUUCCUCUCCUGCAACUCUCCUCCAAACAAAACCAUAAGCCCUUAGUGAAUACUAUCCUAACAAGCUACUUUUCUACCCUACCCUUACUUUUUGUGUCACUAUACCCCACUCCCUCUAGCAUGUAAGCUCAUUGAGCAGGGCCCUCAACUCGUCUGGCUACAAAUAAGUGUCUGUUAGUCCACCUAUUGUACAGCACUGUGGAAUUUGUUGUCCCUUAAUAAAUAUAAGCAUGACUGCAGUUAAAAUGGAUAAUUGUGAGUGACAUGGUCAGUCCUCUUUGACAAUUUCUAAACAAUGUAUCUAUAUAUGUUCCAACAUACCUAAUUGGCAAUCUUUAUUGGGCCUUCUUUCUGGGCAGUCAUUAUUCACAUUGUAGUUAAAAAGAAAAACAAAAAAACGCACAUCUACUACCUAUAUUCUCAUUGAUAAUUGUCUGACUAGACAACAUCUGAUGGCCUAGUCAGUCACACUGUGGCUUAUGUCAUUUUCAUUUUUUUACCUGCUACUUAGCUCCCUUUAUUUCUCCAGUCCUUUUUAUUUAUUUAUUUAUUUAUUCCAUUUAUUUUUUAUUUUUUGUAGUAGUCAGUUUGAAAGCCAAUAGAUACACUUUCUUUAGAAAAAUUCAGUUUUUGAAGACCUUUUAACUUGGCAUCAUGCACAGCCUAAUGAUGCCAAACACACAGUCCUACGAAGAAAGAAUUCAUGGUUAGUAUCCAUGAUUGCACAUGAUUAACUUCUUAUUUGCAAGAGCACCUGUCAAGGUACCACUUUUGUCAACAAUUUGAAACACUUGUCAUCCAAUCUCUUUUCUGUCUAAUAAAGCCUUUGUUGUGUCAGAUUUCUUUCAGUGAAUGCAUUUAAUAGAUAAUCAUUGCUUACAUUAAAGUAGAUAUUGUAAGUAAUUUGUAUAACAAGCAGGCACCCCAUUGACCCAUUUAAUGUGACCCCACAUUUUCAUGCUAUAUAAAUUUUAUUUUGUUUUUAAUUUGCUUAAUUUGUCAUAAAGGCAGUUUUAAUGUGCAUGAAAUUAUGUAAAAGUAUGACUCAACAAUACCCACAUAUAUUAAUCCUAUAGGUGUCAUUUAUUUUUAAUAUAUGUAUUUUUAAAGGAACAUUAGCACCAAAAUCACUUCAUCUUAAAGAGAUAUGUACUCUAACCAUUUAAUCUCAGUGCACUGGCUAUAAUUCCUGGAGUUCCCUGGCACAGUCCCACUGUUAAGUGUUAAACUAUAUUUGAGAAUUUUAACACUGAAUGAAGGUCUCUGCAGCUUCCUAUAGUCCCAGCCCCACUGGAGGCAUGGCUGAGGCAGAUAAUAUACACUUCCUUGUAGCUGUACCGAUUCAUACCUGCAAUGGCCCUGUAAUAGACUGAAAGCGGUCAGCUGAUGUCAAUCACACCCCCAUUAUUGCUCAGGCUAAAGCUUCAUUAGCCAAAGAUAAUUUUUGCAUUAAAACAUUUACAACUGACAGUACCAGGUGACUCUAGACACUAUAAUCACUUCAAUGAGAUGAUCAAGAUACUGUAGACACCAUAACUUCGUCUUGUGCCCCAUCAGCCUUGCAAAUGAAAGCAGUGCCACUUGUGCGAAAUCUGCACAGUUUACAUUUUGCAGAGCUGACACCUAUAUGUAGUUGUCAGACUCAAUUAGAUCCAAUUAUUGCAUAUAUUUGAUGUCCAGCAACAGUCUUCAAACACUGUGAGAAAGUGUCCAGUAAUCAAAAAUCGUUUAAAGGUGCUCUGCAAACAGUGUUUCAUCUAAUUAAAUUAAUUAUAAUGCCUAAAGUCUGCUGGCACUUUCAAACUAUCUUGGUGCAGAGAUUACACAAUUCCUUCUAGCCACAUUUCUCUAGUAGUCAAUAGAUAGGAUUAAUUUAAGUUUAUCCAAUGCAUCCAUAUUUGCUUUUACAUUCAAAUAUUUUAAAUAGUUUCAGAUGUUAUAAAACUUGCAUUAUAUAUUUUUUUAACAUAUAUAUAUUUUUUAAACAUGUAUAUAUCGCCAACCUAUUCCUCAGUGCUUUACAAUUUGAGAAAGUGGAUAGAAGACUAAAUAUGAAAAACUAUUACAAAUGUCUAGAACAAGAGGUUAAUAAGGACCCUUCUCGUACUCUUAUCACCAUAUAAAUGCAUUGUCUUGCCACCUCUCUCCAAUGCCUCGCUUUCUCAAAUACAUAAAUCCAAUAUUUAGGGGUAUGCAGUUAUUUGUCCUGUGUAUGCUACAAAUACUUUGAAAUUGUUUUAGAAAAUAAGCAAAUACAAAGACAUAUGAACCCACAUAACACUAUUUAUCUACCCCUGGUAAUAAAGGGAUUUAAAGGGGGCCAUUUACACUGACCACAAUUGUUAAUUUUACCCAUGACCCAGGGAUUUAUUUGCUCACAACUACGAUUUCCCAUGUUUAUAUCUGUUCAAUUGCUAAAUCCAUAAUAUUCUAGUCUCUUUAGAAAGUUUCUCUUGUCAGAUCCAGAAGAUAAAAAUGGUUUAUAGUGUCUCUAGAAAGAGCUGUCUGUGAAACUAGGACUGAAUUUGCAUCUCAUGACAUAUGACACCAAUCUGUUGGCAGACACAUUCAAAUUACUCUUUAUUUUGCCUUUAUUGUGGACAGUGUAAUACAAAGGAGUUGGGUAUUUUUUUUUUUUUUUCUCUCAGUAAAAAUACUCCAUCUAUACAAAGUUAUUUUACGCACAUUGUUUGUCUUUGAUGGACUUUAAUUAAUAGACAUGUUAAGUUGCAAAUUAAAAUGUGGCAAUGUUCAACUGGAUACGAAGCCUAAUUUACAGUUCCUUCCCCUGAAAAAGGUAUUAAUGCAUUUACUUAGCAUGUUUGUGGAAAUUUGACCAGUUGACUUUAAUUUUAUUUUUUAUUAGCACAUGAAAUAGCAGGUGUAUCAUCAAAGUGUGCAUGCUUCCUAUUGCACAGAUUAAACACAUUUGUAUGCAUUUUUUUGUUUUAUAACUUUUUCUUCCUUUUGCUCUUGUAAUUUGUCAGUCUUUUUUUCUUAUGCUUUUUGAAAAUAAAAAAAUAUUUUUUUUCAACCCUAUUUUCAGAAAAUACAUAAACUGUCGAUCUUUUUUUUUUUUUUUUAACUUCACAGCACAUGCUUUCAUAUUUUUCUUUAACAUAUCGAUUCUUUUAGUGCAUUUUACGAUGCCGGUAACGGCUAGCCUUUUCCUUUGCUGCAUUUGCACAGGCAUUGUGCUUAUUUUGUUGCAAGUGAUUCCAAUAUUUGAUCAGCUCACUGGGCUGGAACUGAUGGGAGGUAAUUAGGUGGCUAUAUUUACAGCUUGAAUAGGAAACUCUCCAGUGAUUAAAUACAAACUCAUUGGGCGGAGGCACGGGAUCAAUACGCAACUUGGCGAGACAAAUUCCGACAUAAACAUCCUCUAGGUGCAGUCGUCUGAUACUUAAGGAGACCUUAAAUAUCUUUUCUGCCAGGUUCCCAGAGAACACAUAGCCAGUCCCAGAACAAAACACUGGAUACCGCUCACUUGGGUACAAAUCCGGCGGCAUGUACCAUUUACUGUCUUUGUUCCGAUUUGGCGCAUACCCUCUCAUUAAAUACCCUGUAAAGUAAUUGGUUCUUGGAGGAAGGUCUGGCUUCAGUAACUUGUGUAUUAAAUAUUCAGUAUUAACAAACAUGUCACUGUCUGUCUUCAUGACAUAGCGAACGUUUGAACAAUAUGUGGCCACCCAGUUCAUUCCCAUGAGUGUUUUAAUGGUCAGAUUGUAGUAAGUAUCUAAAUAUUCCUGUUGAAUGAUGUCAUGAUACUGUUGACUUUCGUCCAUGAUGGCCUGUUCGAUUAAUCCAUUUAACUUGACAUUUAAACCCAAGAGGAAGAGUCUCACAAUUUGGAUUCCUGGUACAAGACUUUCAUUACCCCAGGUCUGUCUUAUGGCUUGACGAGCCUCAAUCUGUCUUGGUUCUGCAGCUAUGAGUAGUAUAAGAAAUGGACUUUUGUCCUGACAUUUCUCAGGCUCAUUGAUUACAUAUUUAUAGUGGUACACAUUUUGAUGGCCAUUGCCCUUUUCACUGUAUAUGCUCCCGUUGGUACUCAGCGUGUUUUCCAAUCCUGUCACGCCUUGUUGUAGAGAUUCUGUGUUACUUGCAUUGGAUGCUGUAUGAGGGUUCAGUGUUUGAGGGAUAGUGUCUUUCCAUAUAUUUCUCAAUGAACUAUUGUUUUCACUUUUAGUAGUUUUGAAUCCACGGAUUAUAUGGGUAACUGGAUUCUCUUUAAGUCCAAUUCUGCCAGGGAACGAGUUAUGAUGGUUAAAAAACAGGAAUGUAGCAAAGAGAAACACAAGUGAUAGGAGGCCAGUGAGAUGCGUACGGAAGAGGGAUCUCUUGCUGUUCCAGGACAUUUUAGCAAAGCAGCAAUGACGUCUCCUCCACUGAAGCAUGCUUUUGGGCCGCAGAUGCAGUGUACUGCAUCUGCCCAAACUUCAGUUGUUUUUAUCCUGCCAACAAAAUGUAGCAAUUGCUAUUCUUUGUUUGUCUUCAUUCUUCAAUUGCUGAUGGACACUUCUCUAAAGGAAGAUCUGCUGAGAUAAACAGAUGAAAGUUACUAUACCCAAAAGACAACUGUGCUUGUAAUACAGCUAUCAACCGUUAUUUCUUUAUAAGGAAGGAAGGGCUAUUUUGCUUAUUUAUUUUUAGAACACUAUCAUGAAGAUAUGGUGUGCAAUACAAUAGUUGUUUUGCUAUUCUAUAUUUUUUUUUUUUUUUUUUUAUGCCUAUUGUACCAGGCUGCUUGUGAAGACUUGAUUGCAUUCUCUAUGGAGGAAAAAAUCUAUUAUACUUCGACAUGGUUUUAUUUAUUACUGGUAUUUAUAAAACGCCAAACAUAUAUUCUGCAGCGCUGUACAAUUGGGGGAAAAAGACAAUACAAUAGAAACAGACCCAUACAACAGAUAGAGGGCCCUGCCCGUCAGCUUACAUUUUUUUUUUAAUUGCCUUUCAUUAAUGAGUUAUGCGUUUUUUGUUUUUUUUUAACCUUUUAGAUAAGAUGUGUACAGUAUGUUGAACAGUUUUGUUCAUGGGUUUUCUUGCCUAUCCAAUGUUUUAUCCUUAAUGUUUUAGUUACAUUACACGUUGUCACUUUAAUGCAAAGUUUAAUACAGGUGCUGAUUUAUGUAAUGAAGCAAGCCCCUUGUAAAUAGUUUGCCAGGAUUGUUUUGCUUUGGGAAAAGAAAACUUCUGAAAGUUUGAUCAGAGCCAUGCUUUGUUAGUCACAGUACAAUGCCUUCCAUGUUUUUACUGGCGAAUGCAAUAUUGGAAAAGUCAAUGAGAAGAUGUGAUUGUCAAAACACAUUUUCAGGGUUCAGUUACUUCCCUGCUGAGUCUGCUCACAGUUAUACACUUUUGGAAUUUAAAGGAAUUUAUCACUUGAUGCCUAAACAAAUGCCUGUAGCGGCAUUCAUUUAAAAAAUUAGUUCUGCAAAUAGCAAGAUAUUUGAAUGCUUGAUCAAGCAUUUCUCUUGGUUGAAGGAGCAACAACGACACAGUUGACGCCUAUUAACGUUUAUUUCCUCUAGAGGGAGCCAGCACUCCAUUUUUAUUUUUUGUAAAAAAAAAUUCUGUUACAGGGCACUUGUUACAAAACUGUUUUCAACAUAGAUGCUGUUAACUACUCUUUAAAAGAACAACUUACAGUAUCCAAUUUUUUUUUUUUUUAACCUUUCUUUUUUUUUAAUGAUUGUACAUGCACUGCAAAUGGUUUUGGUAGUUAAUAAAAUGAAUAAUCUCAAUGAAGCUGUAUGUGAUAAGACUGCAAUACGCAUAUUAAUUACAGAUUUGUAAAUUUUAACCCACGAUUACUCCAGAGCUGGUCAACUUACAUUUGCUUUUCAAUGACUGAAAAAUAUGAGAAAUUUAGUUUUUCUAAAUCUGGGAUGUAAAGGUCAGCCAGUGCUAGCCUAGCCUAGCCUGUCUCAACAAAUUUUGAUGGCAUUAGGUUUCUUGGAGUAGAAUAGCUCCUUUCACUCUGUUCAGAAGUUUAUUAUGCAGCACUGUGUUCUUUCAAAACAAAGAGUAUCUGAUUUAACUGUAUUUUGAUACAGAUACAAAUUUUCAUUUAUUUAUUUUUUUAAACAAAAGGUAUGGAUCGUGAUAAGCAACACAUUCCUUGCACUUCUUUCCCUUUGAGUAUUGAUUGUGGAUUACAUUGGCACACCAAAGGCUUCCCAAGCAUCAUGGGAAAAUGUUAGCAAACUUUCUUGGGGGGCCAGGAUUACGGUUGCUGUCCUAGAAAUAUUACACUUUAGGGGUCUGAUUAAAUGCUCAAAUGAUGGUCUCCUAAAUCUUGUAACUUUGCAUUGUUCUGUUUACUAUUUUAAAAGCUGCAGUUUGCUUUCCACGGGGCUAUUUUAAAUGCACUGAAGUAGCUGCUUUCUCAGAAAUAUGACUAGUGAAAUGCAAUUUCUACAAAUCCUGUAUUUAUUUUGCAUGAAGUACCUUCAUUUGUCUGAAUUCUAGUAUUUUGUACUGACCAUUCACAGGCUCUGCUGUGCUUCCUGUAAAAUGCACUCAUUUUAAAUAAUGUUUCAAUUUCUCGGGUUAGAUAUCAAAAAGGAUUUGCCGUUUUGUCUGUAACUGCUUAAUAGGACACAAUAUACUUGAUUUCUUAAAGACUAAUUUUGAUUUUAUUUUUUUUCCAAUUCCUUUUUUUUAAUGUAAUAUUGCCUCCUGGUUAAAUUGUGCAAGAUGCUACAUCUCUCUAACAUUGUAGGCCUCAUACUUGUUUGUAGAACUGAGUUUGAGUUUAACAUGUGCUGCACAAAAAUCUCAAUCAGUUUCUGACUAUGACAUGCAGACCUAUAGACAUACACAUGAUUUAUAUAAAUUUUUACUAAACCGUUAUUUAGGUUCCCUUUUUCAAUGACUUGUAAAAGGUUUUGACCUCCCAUUCAGUUUGCUGGUGUCCAGCCUAUGUACAUAUUUAAAAAGUGUAAGGAAAUCCGAUUUUGUUCCAUCACUGACCUGCAUAAUAUGUGCUGCAAUGUGUCCCAAGCCCCUAGGACAUUUGUACUGUAUAACCAUUUUCAUUAAAAGGCAGCAGAGCCCAGGGCAGAGUAAGCACAUUUUAAUACUGGAAUGCUUGAAUGAUUUAUUGCAUAUUCAGAUUUGUAAAGUACACAGUUCCUGCAUGUUCUAAAUCCACUGCUGUUCUAAAAUGGGAAUUUGAUGGUUUUGUUAAUGACGGUUUGCUAUAUUACAUGUUAGACUAUUUAAAUUUUAUUUUUUUGUGGUUUCUAAAUUAAAAUCAGUAUUAGAUUCUUCCUACUGUGCAAAUAUAAUUUGCAGGGCUACCUGCUUUCAGCAGCUUGAUAGUUUCAGUCCAGAUUUAAGAUUACUUCAGAUAACGGAUUAAAUGUGACCUAGUUUGUAAAAAGGAUUUUUCUCUCGUAUCGCAGAUUGAAAGGAAAUAAAUAAUGCUGCUCUGCCUGAUUCCUGGAUAAGUGCAUGUUGCAUUUGCCUGGUUAAAUUAAAUUAUUAUCCAGUGAACAGCUGUGUUUAAAUGCAUUUUCUCCCCCUCUCCGCCCGCCAACAAAUCCUCUCCUUUCGUAGAGGGAUUAUUUAACAAAUUGAAUUGCAUUUAAGAUGUGAAGAAAUCAAUACACGAGAAUUUGACAUACCUUUUUUUUUUUUUUUACUGUUUACAUUCAUGGUGUUAGGCAUACACCUAUCGAAUAGUUUUGGCACGUCAUUGCUUGGCCGAAAAAAUUUGCGAGAGAACAUGCGCACUUCCUUUAAAAAACUCCCCUCGGUGUACUCUUUUGCCUACUGUCCGUCUGCAUGUUGCUUGUCCUAUUGCCUGUUCCAUUCAUAGACAAGUGUUUUAUAUUCCCUGGGUUUGGAAGCAAAACGAAUCCCAGCAUUCCUUCUGCGUACCCAGAUUGUCUCCUGGUAGCUCAUCCAGCAUUGAAUGCUUCCUCAGAUCUCUUCCUUUUAUUUAUUUUUUUGUCUCCAAUGCAGUGUUCAGCCGUCCGUAUCCAUGCCAGUGCUUGCAGAUUUAGUCAGUGUUUAUGGGGGAUAAAGCACUACAAAGCCAUAGUAGCCUAGUUGAAUAAAAUAGAUGAUUUACCUCUUGUUGCUAGGCAGCUUCAGCAGAAGACUGGGUUCGUUUUAAGGGGGGGGGGGGGGGGGGUGCAGGGAGAGAGAAGCGGUGGUCUAGAGAGCCAUCUCUGCUUGCCUGCUUGCUUUCCUAGGCUGCUGCUGCCGUCUCUCUCGAAGGCAGUGGUUUAAAUGUGGGCUUUGACAGAUGCUGUCUUCUGACAGAGCAGAAUUUAACGUCACAGCCUGGCUAAUAAUCAUGUGACUCCGUUUGCAUUCAUAGCUCCUGGUGUGGUAUUAGCAAGCCAGCCUCUCGCUUUGACUCAGGUUAACAAUUAUUAGUACAGCUUGGCUUUUUUUUUGUUAAUAUCUUUAAAUAUGGCUUGCUGGAGGUUUUUAUUUUAUUUUAUUUUUUUUAAUGGGCAAACAGAGUGCUGAUUUUUUUUUUUUGCUUUAUAUAUCCGUUUUUGUAUGUUUUGUAGUUUCUUUACAACAAAUAUUUGUUUUGGUUUUAUAUUUAUUGAAUUCCAUGAAUAUACAUUAUGGAUGUCUUUAAUACAUGGAGCUUUUUUAAGGGGGUGGGGGGGAUGACAAGCAGUAGAGCGUUAGUCUUUUUUGUUUGCUGAAAAUAGCAGCCAUAAAAUGUUUCAAUAUUUCAAAUAGUAAAAUGGCGUUCAAAUAUAGCACUACAGGUGAAGAUCUGAUAUACCCACACUUGUCUACAGUCUUUGCCAGGUAUUGUGUACUUUUCAACAUUAACCAUCAAAUGCAAAAAAUACUAAACUCAUGUAAGCAGUUCCUAUAAUUUUAUUCCUGUAUAUAAAACUUGCUGCAUUUAUUUGUAUGACUCUCUCAUAGAACUGUGCAGAAUAUCAAUGCUUCAUAAUUUAUGACACUCAUGCCUUUCAGAGUGGCGAUCUUUGUGUACAUUUUUAUUUUCGUUCUUAUACUUUACAUAUAUAUAUAUAUCUAUAUCUAUAUAUCUAAUGAAGUGUUAGCACAUGUUGCAUGUACUAGAUGCGGAAUCUGGCAACUACCCUCUCUAUAUAUACCUUUUUUUUUUUUUUCAGCCUAAUUUUGUUACACUUGGCAGCAAUACUUGGCAGGAUAUUCCUGCAUAGCUUUUUUCCCUCUUGUACAGUUCAAAAUAUAUGUGUGUGUGUAUAUAUGUGUAUAUAUAUAUAUGUAUGUAUGUAUGUAUGUAUGUAUGUAUAUAUAUAUAUAUAUAUAUAUAUAUAUAUAUAUAUAUAUAUAUAUAUAUAUAUAUAUAUAUAUAUAUUAAUCUGCACUGCUGAAUAGACAUUGUGGGUGUUAAGCACUUGUUGGUGUGAAGCGUGUGGCUUCUAUAUUUUAUUUAUGAUUUACGUGACAAAAGAUUAGGCAAAUCCCAUUAUUUCAUGACUCUGUAUAAGGUGUCAUCAUUAUACGUAUUCCAUGUCCUGUCACAUGUUGGCUGCAUUGUGUAGAAUUGGAUGCAAUUACUUAAAUUGGAUUUUUUUUUUUUUUUUUUUCUGAGUCUGUGUAUGUAAUUUGUUUUGCGCCAUAAUUCAACCCUUUUUUUGCCCUUAUCGGCUUAGAUACUUCCUGGUUUGGUCAAAGCCUGGGUAUUUGCAGAAAAUUAACAGAUGUUUUAAUAUUUGUAAUUAUUUGUUUUAUCUAUAAUAAUGCGUUAGACCAAAACAUUCCUGGGGUGUCCUUUUUAAAGGAACUCUCCAAACCACAUUGUUGUGGUUAUAGUGCCAGAUGAUGCUCCUUGCUUCCACUACAGCUAUGAAAGCCACAGGGCAUGCCAGCCCAUUGGCCGAGUGUCAGCUGUUUGCUAUUACGCAAUGAGCAAAGCACUGUCCUGCCAGGCCUUAGCUCAGACAGCUUCUGGCUUGGUCAGCUGUAAUGGAGGGCUUCAUGGCACUCCUUGCACCAUAACUAUUACGACAUGCUGCAGUUAUGGAGCUUGGAGGAUUCCUAUUAGGGGUUAGACAAGUAGCUUAAAAAAUAUAUUGCAACAGCAACGCAAAUGUUUAAUUUGAAGAGCACCGGUACCCAUAGACAUUUGUUAUACUUUUAUGCUGUGUGGGUAUCUGCAUUUAUAAUUUAACAUGUAACUUGGUUAUAGUUUGUUUCCUCCUCCUUUUCAUUUAACCAUUUACUUACUAGGCAAUUUAGAGGUUUUGAUCAUUCCAAAAGCCUAGUCUCUGUAGUCUUAAAUAGUGAGUAAGCUUGUAUCUUGUUGGUCUUUGGGGGAGAUGUGUAAACAGUGUAUCCAAUAUAUUUCCAUAAUACAGUUUAGCAAUUUGCAUCUCCCAAUCUAUCUUUAAAAAUGUUUUGUGUGUUAUACAUGCACAAAUAUAUUUAAAAAGGUAAACCUACAUUUAGCUUUUUCACUAGUUUCCAAGUUUAAAACAUUAUAUUGAUAUGAGUGUUUUCUCUGCUUAACCAGUCGGCAUUCCGACUAUUUUGUCAGUUUUGAGCCAUAUUUCUCAUCUUGUGAAGAGCAAUUAUGGCAUAAUUUGAGCUUGUGUAUUUCCAUUGAGAUGAACUGCAGAAAACAAGUGAUUAAUUUUCCAUGAUCUAUAAAGCCUCUAGGGUUAUGACUGUUUCUGGGCCAGCACCAUUGAUUGAUUGAGGAAAGUGUGCCAUUACCGCACUGUACCUUGUUCAUGUAUGGAUGUACAUGCCAUUUAAUGGUGGCCUUGACACAGUGCAUGGCCAGUGGACAAUCACUGUAAAAAAUUGUUUGCUUUUAUACGGAUCUCUAAAGAUGGACUUCAGUGAAAAAGUCCUCCCGGCUCUUUAAAUCUUUAAAGGUUUGUCCACCCUGGUGGUUUUGUUUUUGUGCAUGGUUGUACAUUUUAUGGUAUCAACAUAAUUGGUGCCAUUUAUUUUUGCAAACCACACCAUAAAUUAUUAAAUCAAAACUGUUUGUGAGACACUGGUAUUCAUGUUGAACCUUGCAGGUUCACAAAGGUUACUAUUGAAACUGGACCUUGUAGUGUUGCCAGUCAAGAAUGGGACACCCCUUACAAAAGUUAUUUAGUAUAUUGGCAAUUUGGCACUUUCAGCUCUCCCUCGUGCUUCUGACUCUCUAAGUAAAUGAAUCAGAGUGCUGGCACCAGGUUAUCUUGUUGCGUGGACCACCAGGUACUAUACCCCCACCCUGCAAUAAAGUAAGCAGAAGGGGAUAAGCAUCUUUCUUAUUGUAACAUUACACACACACAACCGCCACAAUCAGCCAACCUCACACGUUACUCAGCUAUCGGUAAACACGCUUCACAUCCGAUGGAGAUGUGGUCUGUUUUGAAACCAGUUAUUUAUCGUUUUUGAGUACUAUUCCACCACACAUGCACUAAAUUUUCUUUCCUUGCUUGGUGGUCUUCAGCCUGUGUUAGUUCCUUGUAAAAGAUUUCCUUUUUUUGGUUAUUGAAACUUUCAGUAUGAUUUGCUAAAGCAAUGCAAUAUUGGAUCAGCAAGCUUAGACCUUUGCGCCACCUGUAUCUUUCUAAAUUUCCAGGUCUACAGAAUCCUUGAAAUUUCUGAAAGUGUACUUUGCAUUAACACCAAAUAACUUGCAUCUCCUGUUUUGCCAGCAAAUGUGUUUGGAAGAAGAAACUAUUUAAAAAUAUUAUUUUUCCCAUUUGUCUUUCAAUUCCAUGGCAGACAUUGGCAGGUGGUUCUUUUGCUGUCCACCCGAACAACUACAGUGCACGCGCUCUGGUUAUUAUGGAAACCCCUCUGGAGGUGCAGAGUAGGGGGUAUUGUAUCGGAAUGGUAUGACCUCAUUCUGUUCAGAUGCUAGCAAUUAAGCUAGCGUGUCACAGCCCCUAAGCAGGUUUGUGUCCUCAAGCAAGGCAAAUCGGUGGUCAGAGGAGCAGGAGAGUAGUAGCAGGGGGUGAUCUCUGCAGGGCAACGGAGGCCAAGGUAAGUGGCUACAGGUUCCCAUUAAAUUAGUGUGCACCCACACUUAUUAAUAAUUUUGUUCAGGAGAGACAGGUCUUUAAUUUCUCAUGAACUAUUCAUAUAUGAAACAUAAUUUAUUAUGAAUAAAAUUAAAAAAAGGAGAAAUUAAGAUUUUUAAUACAAAAUUGUAGUUCUGGCUGAUAUUUUAGCUGUGCAUGUCAUAAUACUGUUGGCUUUUACUGCGAUAAAAUGCCCAUAUUUGUAUUCAGCAAAGUCUAUUUACCGGUUUUACAGUGUUUCGAAAAGUUACAGGGUCAAAUAUAGCACAUUCCAUUUUUUUCUGUUUCAUUCCAGUCUUUUUUGUAGCCAUUUAGUCACAAACACUGGCCAAAGUUAGCGUUCAUAUUUGUUUUUGUGUGAAAAAAGCAAAAAACAAAUAUUUGGCCAGUGUUUGUGGCUGCUAAAAUGACUGGACAUACCCCAUUUGCAAUACCUUGGGUUGUCUACUUUUGCAAAUGGUAUGCCAUCAUGCCAUCAUGCAGGUAAUUCUUAUUCCUGGGCUACUAUACGGUCUCAAAGGUAACAUUACCAAACCGGCAAACUUCAAUGUGAAAAAAAUGAAAUUCAAAACUGUAUUUGACUCUCUAACUUUCCAAAACACCAUAAAACCUGUACUGAACACAUUGUCUCAAAAAUUUAAAAUGUAAUACAACAAUAUCGUCCGUAAAAGUGCAGUUUGUUUGUGAAAAAUGAAAAAAAGUCACUUUUAAUGAAAAUAUCCUCAUUGUAAUACAGUUUAUCAUUUUUGAAACACUAAUAUUUGUGUUCGGCAAAGUCUUCCGAGGAAAACAGUACCCCCCAUGUACAGAUUUUGUGGUCCCUUGGAAAGUCACAGGGUUAAACACAGUGCUUGCGAAAUAAAUUCUCAGCAUUUUCUGUUUGGGUUGUCAGGCACAUCAAUCAAAUUUUUUAUAUUUUUUUGUGGGUGCAGCAUGAUGAUUACAUUUUCACAUGUUUGGCAUUACAAUGGGGAAAAAAAACGUGGGUCUAUGUAACAAUUUUAACACUUUUUUUUUUUUUUAUGGGGGCUACCCAAUUCUAAUGUUUGAAAGCCUAUUCAGCCUUCUCUCACCCGGUCUAGGUGGGGGAUGUUGGUGAUGUGCUUGGGGGCGCAGACUUAUAGCAGUGUCAAUCAAAUUUUAAUUGGUAAAAUCACUCUUUGAGAGCGAUCACAUGGCCCCUGGGGGCCUGACUUGCCGUUAGAGGGCUGCCCAUUAUAAUGGGGACGGCAUAGAACGCCGUAAUGGCGUUAAGGGGUUAACUUGCUGUAGAAUUUUUUUUUUUUUAAUCUUCUGCUCUGUCAAUUUAACUUUUAUCACUCACAGGAGGUUCCUAGGUCUAGAAGGCUAUUAACAGUGCUGGAGAUAAGACAUUCUAAAUUAAGCUGACUGUGCAAUAAAGGCAUUUUAAACAUUGGAUCUCACUUUACUGGAAAUGUUUAGGAAGGAUGUGCAAGUCACAUGCAGGAAGGUGUGCCUAGGGCUGUAUAAGCAAAAGUGAUAUAACUCCUAAAUCGCAGAUAAUUGUGCAAUAAGAUGGCAGUAGUAAGAUCUAUACACCGCAAAUGCUUCAUUAAGCUAAAGUUGUUUUGUUGACUAGUGUCCCUUUUAAGUUUAAAAUAUUUUUGUGUGCUGAAUUGUUGGCUGCAUCCUAAUUUAAAAUCUGUACUUUAAAUGCACUUUGUUGUGGCAAAAAAUCAUGCACAUUCUCUAGACAUAAUUCUGAGAUGCUGCCUGGUUAGAUAUGAAGAUCAGGAACAAAUCAAUGUAUCACUGCACAAAUAAGCGAGUGAAAAAAUUUAAUAAAAUCCUUAGCGCACCAACAAAGUAUAAAGUGAAAAUGCACACAAACACUGUCUAGAUCAGGGAUGGGCAACCUUUGGCACUGCAGAUGAUUUGUCAAUAUUCUGGCUGUAAGAGCAUUGUGGGAGAUGUAGUCCACAUCUGGAAUGCCAAAGGUUGCAUGGUUACCAUGCAACAGAAAUAUCUAUGAGGGAGGAUCUCACACUCACACUCAUUGUUGGUUGUGGUGAUUUAACUUCAGAUUGUUCUUUCUUUGCAGGAAGGUGCCUCUGCCAGGAAGACACAGACACCAGCUGUCCAGCCUGUGCCCCGUCCUGGUAAUUGCAUUUUUUUUAAAGAUUAUUUAUUUCUACUCUGUCCAUCAUGAUCUGUGGUUGUUUGGAAUAUUCUGCAACCUGUAUAUGCUGGAAAACAUUUUGCUACUCUUGACCUUAAAAGGAGUGCUAAAGCGUAUUCCUAAUGUUUCCUUGUCCCCAAUUAGAAGGGUAUUCUUCCCCCCUCUAAUAACUCCUUCUGUCACUUACCUGGGUCCAGCGACGAUGUCCCUCGGUGCUGGCUCACCUCCGCCCAUGCUCCUCGCCCGCCGGCGGAGGAGACCUAAUGCGCAUGCACGGCAAGAAUUAGAAUUUGUAGUUUUUUGUGUUCUUAAGAAUUUACACCUGUCAUUGUGCAUUUAAGCACUGCAGUAAUUUUAAGAGUUUUUGUCAUUUCCGGAUAUACUGCGUUCAGCAUAUAGCGGCUUAUAAAUGUGGCAAACCACAGGUGAUUGCUAAUUCAGAAUCUUAUUUGUGAUCAGACAAGUAAAAGUAACACUAAUUUUCUCAAAAUGCUACAGCUCUGCAACAAUAUUUUUCCCUGUGCAUCCCACAUCACUCACUACAAUAUCAUUCUGCUGUCCUGUAUCUGAUCUUGGUAGAAAGUCUCCCAGGAUUCAAAGCCUGUGUAAUCUGAAUUCUAAAUGCUUAAUUUAGCACAAACACUUUCUGCUCGGUUAACAGUAGAUGUAGGAAAUCUAAUGGUCUCUUAUUGAUGAAAGCAAACUGCACAUGGAUAAAUUGCCUUAAAUCAUUGGUUCUUAAACCCUUUAAGUUCCAGAACUGUACCAGUUCACUGUGAAUUAUUAGUCCAGGCAUAAGAACUAUCAAUGUCAAAGAAUGAAGUAUUAUCCAAUUCUGCUUUACUGUGAAUAAUUCCAAUACCUGGACCCUAAAAUAUAUAUUGCCCACUGCAUUAAUUCUUCACAGAUAAUCUCAGUCUUCAAUUUACAGACUAAAGAGAAAUGUAAUAGAAGGGGGAAUGUCACUGGCAAACAUAACUCUUGACUUUUAAUUCUUCCUGCAACAUAUUUAAUAAAUGAGGAAUAUCCAGAACAGGACUCAUUACCAUUAAAACACAUGAUCUGAAUCUUUUUAAUACCUUUCUGCACAUACACACUCAGGAAUGCAAUGUAUUCCUAUCUCCCAACAUUGUAUUCCUUGAUCCAAAUCUAUUUUUGCUUGAGUAAAAACCUGCAGUUUGACAAACAAUGGAGCUUUUUAGUCAAGAUCCAUGUCCUUUGUCAUUGGAUGUCAAGUCAAUACUCCCAUCAAUCCAGCUUUACAUCACUUCUGACAGUGGUACAUCACAAACCCUUAAUGUUGACCCUUGAGCAAUUAGUCAGCUGCAGUCUGUAUGAAUUCAUGCACAUACCUAGGGAAGGGCAAAGUACUUUUUUUCCCCUCAAGUCUACACUUUAAGAUGUUGGCAUAAAAGAACAUAAAGCAGGACCAACAUAUUGAUAAAUAGGGAAAGUUGCCUUCGGUUUGAAAAGGUUUGGGGUUGUGGGGGGAAGAUUGUUGGAAGCAAGAGGAACCCCCCUGCUGGCAACGGAGUGAUACUAUAAUUUACAGAGCUCAUUUAAGAAUUAAUUUACUAAACCAGCAGCUGUGGAGAACUAAUGGAAUCAUACGUUUUUAGAACAGUGUUAAAGAAAAAUAAAACAAAUUGAGACUUAUUAAAAUUUUAGUUUGACCUAAAGUGCGCAAUUUACAGAAUUACACACAAUAUUAGUGAGUAAACACGAGUUCUGCUUUAUAGUUGUGUUGUUCCAUGGGGCGGUACUGAUUUGUCAUCUUUUCUGCCAUAUUUAUUUAUCCGAUAGUCGUUAAUAGCCUAUAAUGAAAAGAGUUGCCCAGAUAUCGUAUUUCUUUGAAACUGAGUUUAUUUCGAAGUAAAACCUGUUUUCCAGGCUAGGUUGCAGAAUUUAAUCUGGCCUUCGUUUUUGUUGGCUACUCUACACACGUAGUUGUGUUAGGUAUUUAAAUCAGAUACUGCUAUAUCUUCUAAGAAAUGACAGGACUGUCAUGUGUCUUUUUUUUUUUUUUUUUCUUUCAUCAUACUGUUUACCAAGUAGACUUAGACAGUAUUCAUUUAAAGGUCACAUAUCUUCUGUAAGUGGUACUAGUAAUGAAGAUCUCUAAUAACAUUCGUUGGAUUUAUAGCAGAUGCGGCCAAAUGUUGGACAACACCCAAAUUAACUCUAAUAUAUACACUGACUGGGCAUAAUUAUAUUUUAUUGUACAUUGUGACUUUUUUGCGUGCAAUUUUUUAUCAACUUUUUUCCCCACUGCCGCCUCCUCCCCCACAACCCAAACUUUCGUAAAGCUCAAAAAAUAAAAUAAUUUAUACAUUCUAGUAAACUGUGUUUUUCUACUGAUGUGGAAUCAAUCAAUUGAUUAUCUUGUGUAUCUGCCCCCGGCCAAAUUUAAAAAGAUGCGUGCACGCUCCUGAAGUAAUUCACACCAGAAACAGGUUUUGGGUUAAUGAAAAACUUGAAUGUUUAUUCUGAGGGGACAGCAUGUCCCUUAUAAAGCAAAAUUACAUCAUAUGCAUUGUCAGAGAUAACAUGGAAUAAUACAUCAAUAUUUGGUUAGGUGUUAAGUGGUUCAUUUAGUGCCCUUCCUACUGGGUGUGAUGUCACUGGUAUCUUGGAGGUCUCCCCCAGAUUCCAGCGCCAUCUUGUUAAUGAGGGUGUUAGUCGAUGUCAAAGGGAAACUCCCUAGCGGCCAUUUUAGGUAAAUCACAUAUAAGGUUGAAUAAUGCUGAUUGUGGUUAUGCUGAGUAAAUAGGCAUUUUAUUAAUAUGAAUUGGGUUAAUAUUUUUGUCCACAACAUCUACACCAUAUAGAAGGUGUUCUUGUAGGUGAGAUGUGGCAUGUAGGAAAUCGCCAUCUGCUCACCUUUUGUACACCGUGGCAGUUAUUAUACACACUUCCAGAUCCGUGUGUGUAUAUAUGUAUAUAUGUGUGUAUAUGUAUAUAUGUGUGUAUAUGUAUAUAUGUAUGUAUAUGUGUAUAUAUAUAUAUAUAUAUAUAUAUGUGUGUGUGUGUGUAUAUAUAUAUAUAUGUAACCUAAUGCCACCCUUCCAAACAAAAAUCGCCAAUAAAUAAAGGAGUGGCUGAAGAAAUUCAAGGGGUAAGAUUUCUAAAACCAGCAGGUCUAUUCAAUAAACUGAAUUUUUGUGUUGUAAAUAUGAAUGAAAAAACAAGCAAUUGGAUGUUUGCCUCUUGCCAUUAAGAUUUUUGUUCUGAAAACUUGGAGUUUAGUGAAUAACCCUAAAUGUGUCCCUCUGCAUGGAUUAAUAUAAUCACACUGAUUUGAUGACUGUCUAGCUGUUUAAGAACAAUUCCCAUUCUACACUGCCAGAUAUGUACCAUUUGGUCUCUCUUUAAGAGAACACGACAGCUGUAAUUUUAUUUUUAUUUAGUGUCCUGGACAGUAUUUUACAUUGAACUGUGUAAGAAGUGGUUAUCAGCCCUUGAAAGGUCACGCUGCGUGCCUGGCUUGUCUCACUGUUGUGGAACUAAGGGAAUAAAUUUGAAAAUGACAGACUAAACUAUAAGAUACUGUAACUCAACAACCUGCCACAAACUGCUCUUCUGUUGAAUCAUCUACGUCACAGCAGGCUCUCUGACUUAUGGGACCUUGCCUAGAAUGUACAAUGCAGUUACAUGGAUUGUAUUUUUUAUUUUUUUUUCUCCACAAUUUUUGUAUAGGGGCUAUAAAACCAUGUUUCUAAUCCACUUUAUUUUUGCGACCAGAAAUUUAAUAAAGACAUCGGUCUUAAAAACCCUACCCUUCUGAAUUGGCUGUAAUGACCUGCUGUGUGAUAGGUGAAUGGGACUAUUUAAGUCCCUAACAUUCAGAAAGUGGUGUGCAAUGGAGUCAAAGUUUGAGAGAGACUGUAUUUUGCUUUGAUUAUUUUUUUUGUUUUUUUAGUUUCUCAAGCAAGGCCUCCUCCAAACCAGAAAAAAGGUAAGUCAUCAAAAGUAUAUGAUCCUUUUUAUUUUAAAUUUUUAUAUAUACUCCAAUUUAUUUUACAUCUUUAUUGUUCUCAGGAUCACGUACUCCGAUUAUUAUUAUACCUGCAGCUACCACCUCUCUAAUAACCAUGCUGAAUGCAAAAGACCUUCUGCAGGACCUGAAGUGAGUACAUAAUUUAUAAAACCUCCGUACUCCCCCCUUCUGUUGAGUAGAAGCACAAUACAUUUAUGCCCUUUAUUAGGGAUCAACUGAUUAUCGAUCUGGCCGAUAUUCUGUAUUUUCAGCAAUAUCGCUGUUGGCCAAUAAAGAUACCUAUAUUGCAGAUAAUGCAAACCAGGGCCACCAUCAGGGUCCUGGGGGGGCCCAUCACACUCUUAUUUACCUUCCCUUCAGCUCCCCUGUCUAACUUUCGCGAGUCCCGCGGUCAUCAGAGCAUUGGCACGGAUUACGAUGGCAACUCUCCGCGCGGCACGCAUGCCGCGAGAGUUGGACAGGGGAGCUGUUGGGGAGGGAAGUAAGCGUGUGCUGGACCCCCCAGGGAAUACCCUAUCCACCCUCCUUGGCCAGGUAAGACUAAAACUAAAUGUAAUAUUAAAUAAAAAUGCCCUUCCCCCCCACAAUUUUACAUACACUACAUAUCUGCACAAACGCACAGCGCACACUUUGCAUUCAUUAUACACACUACACAAACACACUUUUUUUUUAAAACAUAAAAAAAUUGACUGGCAUGUAUAUUUUGUGCAUUUACCUUAAUAAAAAAUAAAUUUGCAAAAAAAAAAUAUAUAAUAAACAUGUGCAGCUAACAGAUUUGUGUAGAAAUUGUUUGUUUUAAAAAGGUAAAUGUACAGAAUAUCGGUAAAUUAUCCACCUGAAAGUUCACAGAUUAUUGGUAUCGGCUCUUAAAAAAUAAAUAAAUAAAUAGUCUAUCCCUACCCUUUAUUAUUUUAUGUAUGUAUUUUAAUGUUUUAAUGAUUGUUGAAUUAUACAGUGGAUUAAUUCUGCAUUGUGUAAAAGCUGAUCAUUUUCUACGUAAGAUUAGUGCGCCAAAUGCAUAAAGGAUGUUAGUUUUCUUCUGCAACUAAACCUUUUAUGCCAUUACUGAGGGAUUUUUUUUUGUCUUGCCAACCAGGACAGAAGAGGGAAUGCUUUUUUGUUGGUCCGAAUGUGAAAAUAAAUAAAAUGUACCUUGUAGCUAAAUUCCUACUUUUUUCAGAGGCAUGUGUUUUAGAGACACUGCCCAUUAAACUGCUAAAAUUUCAAGAAUUAUACAUUUUGAUUUUAAUUUUUUUUCUUUAUAUAUCCACAUCUCCAAAGAUUCUGUUUCUCAAGCUCUCCACUACCAAAUUGUUUCCGGUAGAGCAUUUGAGCAUUAGUGUUUUGAUACUUUAAUAGUAUUUCAAAGUUUACUAUGGUGUUGGUGGAUUUUUUAGGUUAUCACUGUUGAUUGUGUAUCUUUUAAUUUGUAUAAGCGUAAUGAUUACAAAAAACCAAAACCGCUUUGUUCUUCAAUUCAAAUGAACUAUAAAGUCCUACACCAUCUGGAGUUUUGCAGUAUUUAAUUACAUUUUGUUUCUGUUUGCAUGACAUACUAUAGAACUUCUGUAAUUGAACCUUGGCAGCAGCAGAUGAACCGUAAAUGCGAAAAUAAAUAUUUAUAUAGUUUGAAGAACUGUAUAUGAAUAUUAUUGACUGUUCAAUAAACAAAACUGAGGAAGCGACCUUUUCCGUACACUUGCAUUUUAUGUGUAGUACAUAAUGGAUCUAGAAUAAAAUAAAUUUGAAGCUGUCAUGGGCAGUCAGAACAGAUUCUGUAAUCAUUUAAAGGAUUAUAGCUUGAGGGUCAUGCCAACUGGAAAUCUGAAUCUGUUUAUCUUUUAUUUUACUUUUUUGUAAAAUGCGAUUUUUAAAUAGAUUUACAAAGAAUAGUAAAUUUAAUUUUCUGAGCCACUCUUGAAUAUUGAAGACACUCAGAAUAUUUGCAACACCAACAAUUUGAGCGCAUGUUUAACAAAAUCUUAUCACACUUGAUUUUCUACUAUUCAGAUUUCUCCUACAUAAGUGAACGUUUAUAACCUUUUUUUAUUUGCAAAUCAUAACAUUUUGAAUAGUUGUAGUUUAUGGUGUCUUUACACUUUUUAACUUAUGGUCAGCUGAUUCUUUUCACUUGUUCCUAAAAGCACCUUUUCAAGAAGUAAGCAUUGUUAUACAACGCAAGAGUUUCAACACACAAUAGAAUGACGUUUACUGCCUCUGAUUAACUCAGUGGAAGUCUUCAGAUUAUGUGAAGUUAUUAAAGAAUUCAUAUUUUUAUUGACCAGUGUUCUUUACCCACUUAUUUUCAAAUCUGUUUGGAUUCCUCCCCUUUAUUUGUCGAUUUUAGUUAAAUUCCAGAGUUGUUUUUUUUUGUUUUUUAAAUGUCCAUUGACACAUCCAUUGGAGAGAAGUCUUUUAGGUUGGAAGAUAUGUUGUCUCUCCAUUGCUCAUUUAAAAUGGUGCUAAUGUUUUUUGUUUUUCUUUUUUUCUUUUAAGAUUUGUUCCCUCAGAUGAAAAAAAGAGACAAGGAUGCCAGAGAGAAAAUGAAACUUUAAUUCAAAGAAGAAAGGAUCAAAUGCAGCCUGGCGGUACAAACAUCAGUGUUACGGUCCCAUACAGAGUUGUAGACCAGCCCCUAAAGCUCUUACCACAAGACUGGUAUGUUUUCCACCAAUGGGCCAAAUUGCAUAACUCUUCGGCAUAUUGUCUUUUAUUCUUGAAACAUUUUUAAUAUACCUUAUGUAGAUAAUGCAAUAAAUGCAUUUUCAAUUUAAAAAAUUAGUUUAAAAAUAAAUAAAAUUAAUGACUUCUUGGUUUUCGAAACUGCUGCAGUUACACAGACAAGUUUGACCAUUGUUAGAGAUUUUUCCUGGUCUGGGAAAGUUAUCCAAUCUGAAACCCUGGCCAUUCUGAUCUACGGCAAUAGUUCUUAUAGAUGUGUGUCUGACACCGUUCCACUCGUUAUGUGAUGAGCAUAAUUACCGAAUAAGCUGAUAGCAGCCAAACCAUAAUUGCUAUACGUUUAUACGCAACCCUUUUUGUCAGUAACGGUCUACACAACUUGGGCUUAAAGCAAUUUGUAAACUGUUAAACCAAUUAAGUAUAAGGGACACUAUAGUCACCAGAACAACUACAGCUUAUUGUGUUUGCUCUGGUGAGUAUAAUCAUUCCCUUCAGGCUUUUUUCUGUAAACACUACUUUUUAAAUAGAAAAUGCAGUGUUUACAUUACAGCCUAGUGAUAACUUCACUGGCAACUUCAGAUGGCUGCUAGAGGUGCUUCCUUGGGCAGAACUGCAGAGUAAGCAGCACUGCCAUUCAGUGUUUCCACCCUCUGCAUGCAGACAAUGAACUUUCCUCAUAGAGAUGCAUUGAUUCAAUUCAUCUCUGAGAAGAUGCGAUUGGCCAGAGCUGUGUUUGACUUGUGCUGGAUUUGAUCUGCCCCUGAUCUGCCUCCUUCAGUCUCAGACAAUCCUAUGGGGAAGCAGACAGAGGCCGUUCAGGGGUAGAAGCAGCAGCUUCAGACUUGAAUACAAGUAAGAUUUUUACUAUAUUGAGGGAGGCCAGGGGGGCUUGAUGGUGCUUUUAACAUUAUUGGCUCAGGAAUAGACGUUUUUGUUCCUGAACCUAUAGUGUUCCUUUAAGGCAAUGCCCAGGACAUCCAGGCACAAUAACUAUAUUGAAAUUAGGUGUAUAAUAUGGUGCUCAGUGUAUAAAGUUUCAAAUAUCAUAUUGUCCUGUUUAGGGAUCUACCGAUAUUGAUUUUUUUUUUUUUUUUUUUAGAGCCUAUACCGAUAUUCUGUGAACUUUCAGGCCGAUAGUCGAUAUAAUUUGCCGAUAUUCUGUACAUUUACCAUUUUGGAAAAUAAAAACAAUUUCUAAAGGUAAAUGCACAAAAUAUACAUGCAGUGUGUUUAGACAGAGGAGCUGUGUGUGUAGUGGAUGCAGUGUGUGUAGUGGAUGCAUAAUGGGGGGGGGGAUGUGUUUGUGAGGGGGCAUUUUUUAUUAAAAUUUUUUUAUAUUUAAUAAUUAAUUAUUUUUGUUGUCCCCCCUCCCUGCUUGUUGCCUGGCCAGGGAGGAGGUAUAUAGCAUUCCCUGGUGGUCCAGUGGCAUUGGCUGAGCUGUGGGGGGGGCGGGCAGCAAGCGCUUACUCACCUCCCAGCAGCUCCUCCAGCUCCCCAGUGUAAGUCUUGCGGCCAGCGUGCCACGCGGGUCUCUCGAGAUUUACACUGGGAGCUGGAGGAGCUGUUGGGAGGUGACUAAGCGAUUGCUACCCGCCCCCCCAAGGACCGCCGGGUUUGUAAGGAGCCUGGCGGUGCUAGGAGGUAUUAUCGGCAAUAUCUGUAUCUGUAUCUGAAUUGGCCGAUACGAUAUUGCCAAAAAAAUACUGAAUAUCGGCCGAUUAGAUUGGUCGAUCCCUAGUCCUGUUCUAUAGAUAGUUAUGUAAUAUUGUCAUUCAGAUUACACAGCUUGUGUGUUAAAGGGCCCCUAUAUAGUGCCUAAAACGACGUAAACUUGUUUAAAAAAAAAAAAAAAAGCAUUAAAUUCAAUCUAUAAAUUGUGCUAGCAGUUUUGCUAGCAAAUGUAUAGGUUUGCAGAAAAAUAUUUAGAAAUGUUUUUUCAACUGUCAGUCAAUUCUUUGGCAUAGACUCUAUGCCGAAGAAUUGAUUUAUAAUAGGUUGAAAGACUUCCCACAAUACCUCACUCAUCGCAUGUUUCCUCACACGCUUUUUUGCUCGGAGAGUCAGUAUUACUUUACAAGCAUUUGCACACUGGAACACCCCACUGUCGCAAAAAAAGUGCAUCUUUCCCCCUAACAUGAGUUGGCACGCAAACUGUUGUUGUGGUUAACAUUAUGCUAUAUCUUGAAUUACUGCAUAACAAAACAAAAAAGUGCUCAGUUUACACACAUUAAAUGUAACCAGUAUGACAGUGUAUCAACACACAGUUAUUUAAAUAAACGUUACAAAGCCUAGGUUAUAUAUGGCAACACAAAUUUAAAAGCAAAAGCCUUCUAUAGAUCAUUAGCUAAAUGAAAUAAGACUUCAUGGUCGCUAACUUAAAAAAAGUAAGGCAAAAUAGAAGGCUAAAUGCUGCCAGACACCCAGAUGGAGUAAUAGGAUACUCCCUAAAUCCCCUAAACCGCUAGCAGAGUUCCCUCCAAUUGCAUCCACAUAACUACUUGUCUAAAGUACAAACUAUUAUAACCAACUACAUAAUGAAAUAAAAAGUACUGUUUACACAUGCCAUACCUAUGUUAUAUAUUAUGUGCGCUUGGUAAUGCUGUUGUGGCAAAACAGGCAUCGUUGUACUAGAUGCCAUUAAUAGACUACAAUCCUGCUCUAUAACAGAAAAUAUGAGAACUCUGCUCUGAGAAUAGGCAAAAAUUUAGACCUCAUUAGUUUACCAUUCAGCUAGUUCCUGCUCAAGCCUCAGUUUCUGCUCACGUGUGCCAUUAUAAAGAAUCUAUAUAAUUUAUAUAUCCGACUGAUCCUGCACAUAACGGCAGUCCAGAUCCAAAAUGCCUGUAAGUUCCAUCUGUAUGAGAGAUGCAACAAUCUCAGAUGGCCGUUUCUGCCUUUUUUGAGCUUCGUUGGUGAGGAGUAGCGGACACCUUUCUAGGCAGAGUGAGCAGGUGUUAUACUAUUGGAAUACUCUUUUUAACUUUGAGAGCUCCUAAGCAAAUUCAUUGAGACAAAACUAGAGAAUAUGAGAACUCAAAAUUUUUUUUUUUUUUUUUUUAAGGCAGGGCUUGACAAAUACACUUCUUAAAGGGAUACUAUAGUCACCAGAAUCACUACAGCAUAAUGUACUUGUUCUGAAGUCUAUAUACUGUCCCUGCACGCUUGUCAAUGUAAACACUUUUCAGAUUAAAUGCAGGGUUUACAUUGCUGUAUGGUAACCCCUCUGGUGAGUCACUCAGACGGCCUCUAGAAGUGCUUCCUGGGUCACUGCUGCACAGUGUGCAGCACUUACAUUAAUGCUUCACAUUGGGAUGCAUUUCUCCAACGCAUCUCUGAGAUGUUUAUUGCGCAACAUGGCAUUUUUCCAUGCAUGUGCAAUAGUCUCCCAAUGUUUUUCUGUGAGGAAACAUUGGAAUGUCUGAGAUCAUCAAGGUUUAUGGAGGUGGGGUCAGCUGCGGUGUCACCAGCAUGACAUGGGGAAAAGGGGUGCAUAAAAAUACCCUUUCCAUGUGAUUUGGAGGGGGGCAGGUUAUCUAAACAUAUAUACUCUCUAACACACUUAUUUGGUAUAUGCACACUCGCGCGCAUAUAUACACGCGCAUAUGCACGUGUGUGUGUUUUCACCUACAAAUCAUUACUUUUAUUAUUUUAAAUCCACUCGACCUCCCUAGCUUUGGGAAAGCCGGGGUCCAGUGGGGCUAUUGUAAUCUCUCUGCUUUGCUCCCAAGAGAGCAGUUUAGUGAUGGCUGAAAUUGUCUUAUUCCGGCUCCCGGCAUCAUUGUAGGGCGCGCAAGAGAGCAGAGCAAGGAGAUUACAGUUCCCUCCCUCAGCUCUUAAUGAGCCAACUGUCCACCUGCCUGUCCGCCUAAGCUCUGUGUGAACCCACUACCCGCCUCCAAUCUCGGACAGCUGGUCACCUCAUGGGCUGAAUAGGCUCCCAAGCAAAUUUCCUGGUCACAUGGUGACCUGGCGCCUGAGAUUUGUCAAGCCAUGUUUUAAGGUAAAGUUUUAAAAGUAGAUUCAUGCAUAUUGGCAAAUAGUGCUAACAUAUUUCGAAACCAUUACAAAGGGCAUUUGGUUUCCUCAAAAUUAUUUAAAUGUAGGAAAUAGAAUUUUAAUGAGUUGAUAUGGAGAAGCUUGUAUGUAUGUUUAUGUGAAUACAUGCAAAGACAUAAAAACAUCCAUCCAUUCAAAAAAAAAAAACCACACACACACACUCAUAGUUGGAAAAUGUAGUAUUAAAAUGUUUAGUCUGAGAUGGCAAAACUGCAGGGGCUGGUGCUGUAGAUCUGAGCAUUCUAAUUUGAGAUAUUGCUGCAGGCCACCUGGUGCCUCUUGAUUCAAAGAUUUCCUCUGCAUCUGUCCACUUCUUACUGUAACAUAUAUUACUGAUAACCUUGCGAGCGAGCACUUGCUUAUAACAAGGACAUUGAUUUGUAACAGGCCUAUAACCCACUGAGUUUUUAUUUAAAUGUAACGCAGAUUUAAACAUGUUAAGACAUUAAACCAAUGGCUAGACCCUUCUUCACUAUAAUGGAAAUUAUAUAAAAACGAUUCAUAAUUGCCUUUUAUUGUUAAUAUGAAGACUGUAUUUUCGUGUAGUUGCUGACUUGGUAUUCAGAUUAUUCUAAAUGUCUCUCUGGGCAGAUAGUUAGUGCCCCAACUGCCUUUGCCUUUCUGUAAUUGCACAGCAAUAUCUUAUUGCUCAGAAGUAUUUGCAAAAAUGUGGGCUGGAAAUCUAAAGUGACAGUGAUGUUUGGGCUGAUUUGCAUAUUUCACAUGACACUGAGUGUUUUGUCAAAGUAUAAUCUUUCAGAGCUGCUGUGUAUAGGGCAUGUUUUAAGGUUUCAUAGGGGUGGGUACAUUGAAUUUGUUUAUGAGUCUUACCCAAGCCAGGUGAAGAUUUUUGUUUCACCGCUUUAUCUCCUCUGCAUGUUCUUAUAGGUUGCACUUCACUACUCCCUAGUUUAGGCAAAAAUCUCCUUGCUUGUUUUGAAAGUUUAAUAUGUCAAUAAACUUUGCCUGUUCAUGCAUGUAUGUAACUCAAGAGUAAAGUAUUAAAGGGAUACUAUAGGCAUUCGGACCACUUCAUCUCAUUGAAGAGAUAUGGGUGCAGUUUUCCCAUAACCCUUAAAUGUAAAACAUUACUGUUUUAGAGAAACUUCAAAGUUUACAUUGCAAUGUUUGCCUGUAGUGGCUGCCACCAGCGCUUCUUGCAUUUACACAAUUAAUUAAAGGUAAACUUCAGUGCCAGGAAAACAAUCUGUUUUCCUGGCACUGCAGGUCCCCUCUCCCUCCCACCACCCAAUCCCCAGUUGCUGAAGGGGUGAAAACCCCUUCAGUAACUUACCUGAGGCAGAGACGAUGUCCCUCGUCGCGGCUUCCGCCGCCGCCACCGCUCCUUCUCUGCAUCGGCCGGUGGGCGAGACUGAUCCCGCCCACCGGCCAGGGAGACCUAAUGCGCAUGCGCUUUAGCACUCCCCAUAGGAAAGCAUUGAAAAUGCAUUUCAAUGCUUUCCUAUGGGGAAAUGAGCGACGCUGGAGGUCCUCACAUAGCGUGAGGACAUCCAGCGACGCUCUAGCACAGGUUUCCUGUGCUAGAAACCAGGAAGUGCCCUCUUGUGGCUGUCUAGUAGACAGCCACUAGAGGUGGAGUUAACCCUGCAAGGUAAUUAUUGCAGUUUAUAAAAAAAACUGCAAUAAUUACACUUGCAGGGUUAAGAGUAGUGGGAGUUGGCACCCAGCCCACUCAAAUGGGCAGCAGUGGUCUGGGUGCCUGGAGUGUCCCUUUAACCUCUGUAAAACGACACUGGACGUCCUCAAGCUUUACAUGGGGCCAUCCAGCGUCUUUAAAAUGCUUUCCUACACUGCACAUUAGGUUCACGGAUCGACAUGACUUAGUGGGAGGAGGAGCACGAUCCCAGCUGUAAUCAAGAAAGUGAGAAAUAAAUUUUAAAAAGGAACUCUAGUGUUAGCAAUACAACUGUUUGUAUUCCUAACACUAGUGUUCCUUUAAGGCAUAACCUACAUGUUCAACAUUUAAGUGUUUGUUCCGACAUCACUGCCACUCCUGUUCCUUUCCUCUCUGCAUGUGAAGAAUAGUGAUGGGCUGAGAAUGUCAGCUUAACAAAGUUAUGAAGAUUGGAGUGUUCAUUUAGGAGAUAAUGGGCCUCCAUGUCUUAAAUUGUCAUUUAAAUCUUGUUUUGUUUUAUGGGGCCCACUAAACUGGGAAUUGUGGCAAAUUGACAAGAGAAUUGCAAAGGCUAGAUCAAAUUUUUUGAGGCUGGAAAUAUUCUUGAAUCUAGACAUUUUCCCCUAAAACAUGUAAUUUAAUCACAUGACAGGAGGCUUCAUAUUUUGCUUAAGUCUCUACUUAAGCUCCACUGUUUUUUCCUUAUUUAGAAAUAAACAAUAUGAGACUGAAAGAAACAGGUGUGCAAGAAUUGCUCGACCAAUGCAUAAGUCGUUUGGGAAUAAACUCUUCCUGCAAUAAAUGCAAAUGCACCUGGUCCUUGGUUCAUAAUUAUAUCUGUAGAAUUCCUUCCACAGGUCUUGGUUUUUGUGCUUUUAACCAGGUCUUUUGUUUUUCGAUCAAUCUGUUCCGUCCUUGGCUAAAGACCUAUACACGGAGUUUGUACAUUACACUGUGGCAUGUUUCAGUUUAAUAGUUUUGAGAGUCCACCAUCCGCUCUUGAUAAUGUGAGCAGAUAAUAUGGCUAUUUAAAGGAGUCUCUAUAAUCUCUUAGCCCACUGUGUUUUGUUUUGUUUUUAACAAACUUAUUUUAUUUAUUUUUUUAUGCCUUGUAUAUUAUUUUGUAAACUGGUUUUAUUGCGUAGGGAAUGUCUGACACCAGUUGAUUUAAUUAGACCAGUUUCUGGACUCUAGUAAGUUUAUGCUUUUCUAAAUUUGCUGCAGGACAAUUUUUCCCCUUUUAGUUAAUUCAAUGUAAAAGGUACUAUCUUAAAAGGCACCAUAACUACAUCAAAAUGACAUUGUGGUGGCAGGAGGUCCCUGACGUUUGCUCACUUGAACGGUUUAACCUCAGUGUGUGUUCCAGCGCCAAAUCUCACUGAAAUCUUUAAACGGGAAGGCAGACUUGGGCAGCGUUGCUGCUGACUGGCUGAGAGUGGUUGGCUGACACUCAGCCAAUUAGUUACUCUCCAUGGCUGAAAAGGGUGUGUUUUUUUUUUUUUGUUUUUUUUUUAAAGACAGUUUUCUGAAUGAGGAGUUACUGUCUUAGAUUGACAGCUGACUGCUUUCAGCCGAUCAGUGGUGGUCCUGCCCAAUUCUGCAAAUACCUUCCAUUUGAAAGAUUUGAAGAAACAGGAGAGAAGCAGGAAGAUUCGGCGCUGCAACACAGACUUUGGGGUCAAUUGUUUGAGAACUGUUUAACCCCUAAAGGUGAGCUAGCGCAAGGGACAUCCUGGCAACAUAACUUAAUUUUGCUGAGGUUAUGGUGCCCAGAGUGUUCCUUUCACGUUCCAAUCCUGGCAACCACAUGUGUUAGGAGCAAUGUACAGAUCAAGAUACAGAUACUUUAUUUAUUUAUUUAUUUUCUCUUAAAGGGAAAUCAUAGGCGCACACACCACUUCAGCUCAUUGAAGUAGUCUGGGUGCAGUGUCCCAGGUCUUUUAACCCUGCAAUGGUAAUUAAUUGCAGUUUUUAUAAAUGGCAAUUUCCUUGCAGGGUUAGCAGACACCCACCAGCGGGCCUUCCGGUUGUUUAGGCAACUUUGGAUCAUCCUCACGCUAUGCAUGAGGACAUCUUGCGUUAUCCAAAACUCCAUAGGAAAGCAUUAUACAGUGCUUUCCUAUGGGGUAAGUCCUAAUGCGAGAGCGGCUCUUGUUGCUCAUGCACGUUAGGUCCCCCUCACUGGCACUAUAGUUUCCAUUUAAAGCUUGUCCUUUCUUCCCCAACAACUCGCAGUGCUGAGUUUUUGCUCUAAUAGUGUUGCUGUACACAGUACCACUCAUUUCUGGUCUUAUUUGAGUCCAUUGAGCUAAGUCACUCAGAAAUCCUUGCUAUGCUCAUUAAACACUGCUUAUGAGAUAAUCUCAGGAGUAUUCUAGAACAUUAAAUGCAGUAUAAGGACCUUAACCACUACAUGCCAGUGUAGUGGUUAUGGUGAAUUUCAGUUGUGAAUUGCCAUCAUCUUUCCUGGUAAAAUGUUUUAUAAAGUCUGGUUCGUAGUCAAGCCAUUUUUAAGCAGUUUGACCAGAGCCUGAGAUUCUUUAUCUGCAGUAUCCAUCUUGUCCAUAUUUUAACUACUUUCUUUAUCUUGGCAAUUCUGGCGAGCAGAGCCAGCCUUUUGUGCCUCAGGGACCCCUUGGUUUUGGUCAAACCACUCAAAUCGUUUGACCAAAAACCCUGGAGGAUUUGCCUGCAAAGGUUAUUCUGCUUAGACUGGUUCUUUAAAUGAGCAUGAUUGGCACUUUCUCGUCUGGAAGGGUAGAAGAUGCAAAGCCUGUAAUUUUGCAGUAAAUACACGAAACUCAAAUGUGGGCUUAAGGAUUUGUUAUCUAAAGAUGUUGUGUAUGUUCUCUUGCUUAGGAGUCACUUGAUGAGCUUUAUUUUUCAGUGUUUAACUCUUGUUUCUUUAGGGAUCGUGUGGUAGCUGUGUUCGUUCAAGGUCCUGCGUGGCAGUUCAAGUGCUGGCCCUGGCUGUUACCCGAUGGAUCCCCUGUAGACAUAUUUGCAAAAAGUAAGCCUUUUCAUUUCAUGUAUUACACAACAAUAUUUGUAACCAUGUGGUUAAAAAAAAACAUGAACAUUGAACACUCUUAAAUCUCAGAGUACCUGUAAUGACAAUACAACUUAAUCUUAAAUGUUUUUCACCUAUAAUCGGUAGAAUUGAUAGCAAAUGUCUAGACAUCUCUAAAAUCAGAGGUCAGCUCUUCCCCUUUCUCAGUCUGUGCUGAUUAAGAACCGAGAUAAAGACUGUGCUUUGCAUGUCUGUUACUAGGUGAAACCCUCCUGUGGGUGUAUCUCCUGAUUGAAUUCAGCAAUGCCUGCAAGAAGAAGUAAGGAUGAGGGGCAGGCUAUGCGUGAGAGCAGCAUAAAAAAGAGCCAGCAUGAUUUAUUGCAGUAAUUUUGGACAGGCAAUGGGAAAAUGGAGCCUAAGAACAGAUUUUAUUUACAUGUCACUAAGAAAACAAAGUGUUGGGGACUUUUAACCUCCUAUGGAAAGAAAGUAUUCCUGCUGAAAGGCUCGCAUCUCCUGGAGAUAACACCCAGUGAAACAUGAUAAAUGCUCUCAGCAGGAGACAGAGGAAACUGAAAUAAAUUAUGAGCUGUUAAAGGGACACUGCCUUAAUAAACUUGUAUUUAUUUAUUUAAUUUAAUUAUAUUUAAAAACUGCUUGCAAAACCGUUCUCUUGUCUGUUGCCUUUGCAAACCCCUUCUGUUCUAAGGGACUCUGUGGCUGUCCAAUUGCAGAAUUCCCAAUGCAGCUCAAUGCUAGGCAGGUGCUCUGCCCAAUUGCUGCCUCAUGAGUUUAACUCCACUGAACUACCCAAACCAGGAAGUAACGGGACCUGCUAUCUGAUAGCCAGGGGGUGUAACCUGGACAAUUUAUAGAAAUGUAAAUUUCUACAGAAAUUUGCAAUUUUUUGUAAAAUGAAAAACCUAGGACACUCACACGUAAAACUUUUCAGCAAGCUAUAGGUCCAUAUCUUUAUCGGUGUUAACGGAAGAAAUACUUUUAUAAAAGGAGUCAAGCCCCAGAUGGUUUGAAAGAAACUGCAACCAGGUUCACUUUAACUUGUUACACAGUUGUAGAUUUUAGUCACACCAGUGUAAAAUUUGGAAAGAUGUAUAUUAAUAAAAGCACAUCCAUUGUGCCAAAAUGAAAAGGUUUUUUUUUUUGUUUUUUUUUUCGGUAUUACAAAUUGUAGUUAUAAGAUUUAUUGUUGGUGGUGGUGUUGAAAAUGCCAGUUUCUUUAAAGGAAUGAAUAAAAACAUACAUAUAUACAUACAUACAUACAUACAGCACAUCUGUGGCAGUUUAUAUGAAAUUGUGUUUUUUUUUUUUUUUUAUGGCUCUAGUCUAAAUGUGUCACUAAUAAUAGUGUUUAAGCUAAAAAUCAUGUGGUAGAUGCCUCGGUCACGGAUUCAAACAAUCACAAACAAGUACUGUUUCAAGAAGUAUCAGUCUGUUCCUGUCAAGGGAUCUAUAUAUUUUUUCUUUGUUGUAUAGUUGAACAACCUUUGAAGGAUAAAAUACAGAAAACGUAGGUUCAUGACAAGAACAGUUUCUUAAUGUGUUUGAACAUAGAGCGCACACACACUCAUCUGCACUCAGUAGCUCCUUUAUUGGGUACAGUUAUUUAGUACAAGGUAGUAACCCCUGUGUCUACAUUCUUUUGCUGUACACGUUUGAGAUUCUGAUUAAAAUCAUAUUCAAGAUUUUGGUCCCUGUUAAUAGCAGCAUGCACAUCCUGCAAAUUUUUCGGCCUAAUAUUUGUUUUGAUUUUUCUCUUAAACCUAAACACAACUGAAUGUGUCUAUUUUUGUGGAUUCAGCUUGAAAUAAUGCAUUUAUCAUCUUUUUUUUAUCAUAGAUGUAUCUCUUUGCAAAUUAAUAGUAAAAUCCAUAAAAGUAUGUACGGGGCAGUAAUGGCUUAGGGCAUUCAUUUAAUGCCCAGUUUGUUUUAAGGCAGUGGUUUUGUAUUGUUUAGCAUUAAUGUAAAGAGCUACUGUACGUUUACAGAAUUUUACUCAAGUUGAAUUAUAUAGUUAAAUGAACACUGUCAGGAAUACAAAUGUGUAUCCUGACACAAUAGUGCAAUAGUGUUAAAAUCCAUUAAAAAGGUGUAAAACUGACCUACAUUCCAGCACUGCGUGGGUCUCACUGGAAGUGCUUUGCCUCAUUGGCUAAUAUCAGAAUUGACUAGGCCAAUGUAUUGGAAGACUAUAGCGCAUGCACGGCGAAACGCCUCACUGCGCAAUGCUAAUCAGCAUCUCCUAAUAGAGAUGUAUUGAAUCAAUACAUCUCUAUGAGGAGGGUUCAGCAUCUCCAUGCAGAAAGCACCUCUAGUGUCCAUCUCAGUGGUUGCCACUAGAGGUGUUCCUAGGCAGUAAUGUAAAUGUUCCAAAAGCUUGCAAGGACAUACUAUUCACACCAGAACAAUUGCAUUAAGCUGUAAUUCUGGUUAUUAUAGUGUCCCUUUAACAAAUAUGCAUUUUUUGAGGCGUGAAAAAAUAAAAUUAAAUGUAGAAAUGAACACCCCUUUUUUGCAACUGGGGACCUCCAUCUUGAUUCCUUCUAAAUCAUUGUUAAAAGUACUGUCCUCUGCAAAGAAAGAGUACAAAUAAUAGGCUAAAUACUGCAAAUGAAGAAAACCAGAAUCAAUAUUUUAUUUGCAUUGACUAUGCCUUGUCUCGACUGGAUUGUGACAUAAUUUGCUAAAUCUUUAAUAUACAUUUAAAACAAAAUAGAGCAUAUUAUGAAAAAGAACACAUUUUCAAUAAUAUUAAGAGAGAGUUCCACUUUAAAAGGUCCUCGAAGUAGAGAAAAAGCUGAACUUUGACUGAAAUUGGUAAAAACAAAAAACAUGCAAAAAGAGAAAUGUGAGAUUAAAAGUGAGGAACAUGGGGUUUACCAAAUCAAACCUUGGUUAUUUUAUUUUCUCCAAUUAUUUAUCUUUUUGUUCUGGAUGUUCACUUUCAUUAAAUAGACACUGUAGGCGCUGUAACUGAUUAAUUGCAUUGUCUGGAGUCCUCUGGCUUUUUUUAAUGGUUUAACCCCUUAAGGACACAUGACCGGAAAUAUUCCGUCAUGAUUCCCUUUUAUUCCACAAGUUGUGUUCUUAAGGGGUUAAUGAUCACGGAACAUCCACUCUGAGCUGAUCAGGCUUAUUAGGAAGCAUUUAGCAGUGGUGAUUGGCUAAGAAUGUCAGCUGACUGCUUUCAGCCUAUCAGUCACCCACUGCUUGUAUGAAUUGGUAAGAGCAUCAUCUUUGCCUUAGCCAUACCUCCAGUGGGUAACUCAUGUGGGGUGUGCUAGGUUGUGGGUAACUCAUUGAGUAUUCGAACAAGUUACAAUUUACUGUCCCCGGGGUCUGCAAGCACUUUAACCAAUUCGGUGUGUUGAAAUAGUUAUUGGAAACAAGAGUACAGUCUUUAUGAUUUCCUGAUAUGUAAAACCAUAAAAAUCAAUCAUGUGUUCCUUUGCAGGUUUUAAAAUUAGGUAAAUACAACCUCCGAUAAACACGACAUUGCACUGUGCCAUGAAUUAUUUAACAAAAAUAAACCUAAAAUGGAAAGUUGUGUGAUAAGCGAAGUACACCCUUACUGCUUCCUUAGCAAUUAAUAGGCGAAGUAGCAGACAGGUACUGCUAAUCAAAAGCUCUUGAUUACUUGUUCAUAAAGUGUGACCACCUCUAUAAAAGCUUUGGGGUUUGCUGGUCUGGAGCAUUCAGGUAUGUGUGUUAACACAAUGCCAAAGAGAAAUACAUCAGCAAUGAUCUCAGAGAAGCAAUUGUUGCUGCCUAUCGAGCUGUGGAAGGCCUUUAAGGGCAUUUCCAAACUGUUUAAAUCAAGGCGGGACUUUAAUAGAGCUGUGCAUAAUCAAGUGUCCGCAAACCUCCAUGAACUGAAGCAACGUCGUAAAGAUUGGGCCAAAAUUACUCCACAAUGAUGUGAGAGACUGAUAAAGUUCUACAUAAAACAAUUACUUAAAGUUAUUGCUGUUAAAGGUGGUUCUGCAAGCUAUUGAUUCAUAAGGUGUACUUGGUUUUUCAACCGUGGCUUCUCCAUUUUCGCUUUUUGUCUUAAAUCAUGAUGCAGUGUAAUGUGUCAAUUGUUAUUCAUCUGAGGUGUUACCCAACUUACCUAAUUUUAAGACCUGCUAAGGAACUGUUGAUUAUUUCUCAAAUGUAAAUCCAUAGAUUUCAAAGAGGGUGUACUUUUUUUUUUCCAUGACUAUUUAUAAUGCCUAUAGUGUUGGGUAGGAAGUUGACCCCUUCUCCACAUAGCAUUUACCCUAGAGCAGUGGUUCCCAGCCCAGUCCUCCAGUACCCCCUAACAGUUCAGGAUUUACGGAUUAAGUUGUGGCUAAGGUGUUUUUAGGAGAAGAAAUAAAAUAAAAAAAAACUUUAGACACAACAGGUUAUUCCUAAAUUCUGGACUGGCAGGAGGUGCUUGAGGACUGGGUUGGAAACCGCUGCCCUAGAGCAAAUUUCUCUAUUUAGUGUUGCUGGUUAGUCAAAUGUAUAAGCCAUCCUGCAGCUUUUUUAUUUCUAAUCUUUUUAUAGCUUAGGCACCUGUUGGACAAGCCAUUCCCCUGACCUCUAUGAUUAUUCAGUUAGCCCAUCAUGUGAAACCUUUCUUCACCUUUGUAGUUGACAAAUGUAUGAAGAAUCACAUAAGCCUUAAUUACCUGUUUAGAAUUCUGAAUUAUUUUGCAGGAAAAUAAAAUGUAUUUCUGAUAUUGAAAAGCAGACAUUGGCCAAUUAUGGAUUUACCGGUUUGUGGUGUAACCAUUUAUAGAUUUAAUCAGUGAGAUGCCACAGUGCCUGCGUUUACAGAUUACAUUUUAUUUUACGCUCUGUAGAAUAGCAGUUCUUGCGGUGUUAAAGUAGUAAUGGCAUGCCUGUCCCUAGUAUACGCUCAGAAUCAAAUUCAAAACAUGUUUGCUUUACACAGUAUAAAACAAAUUUAAAAAAAAAACACAUCAUAACCCAAAUCAUAGUAGUAUUUUUUUUUUUUUUUUAAAUCCUCAUUUACAACUUCUGAAAUGAAACACAUUAAGUUAUCUUUCAUUUUGUCUUAAAUUUCAGUAAAAGCCUUCCACCUCAAGUAUGAUGAAGUUCGAUUGGAUCCCAAUGUACAAAAGUGGGAUGUGACACUCUUGGAGUUAAGUUACCACAAACGGCAUUUGGACAGGCCGGUUUUCCUGAAAUUCUGGGAAACUUUGGACAGGUAAGCAGCUGUGUUCACAGAAUUAAAAAAUAUAUAUAUUUUUUUUAUAGAUGUUUGUUUUUAUAUUAUAUAUAUGUAAAAUUAAUUUUCAAGAUUUUUAUUUUCUAUAUCUUGUAGUGGUCCUAGAUUGAUCAGUUGUCACUGUUCUCAUAUUUUGAAAUUGAAUUAUGGCACAUUGAUGGUUUAUCUAUUCAUGCCCUAGCUUUUUAUCAGCUACUUGUGUCUAUGAUUGAGGUUGUUUUGUCACUUUUGUGAUUUUUCACCAUAAUUUCCUGCUUCCUCGUUAAAAGAAAACUGAGCACCGUAACCCAAGGCUUGACAAAUUUGCUUUAAAUAUAGGAGCCAAUUAAAAAAGUUAGGAGCCAGUGUUUUUUUAUUUUUAUUUUUUAUAUAUUUUUUUUAAACUAGCAAGGCAUUAUUUUCAAUGACAAAAUUAAAAGAUCUUAAAGGGACAUUAUAGUCACCAGAGCCACUACAGCUUAAAGUAAUGGUUCUGGUGUCUGUAGCCUGCUUCUGCAGGCUUUUAAUUUGAUACCUCUAACCACCCUUAGUGGCAGUCUAUGAGACAGUCACUCUUGGUGCUUCCUAGUCCAGUGCUGCACAUUGUGAAGCACCUAUGUUCAGUGUCUCCACACUAAUUCAAUGCAUCUGAGGAUGCAUUUUGCCUUGCUUGUGCAUCAGCCUCCCAAAGCUUUCCUAUGGGAAAGCAUUGAAUUGGCAGAGCUUAAUCUCAGCCAUGAUGGCAGGGCCAGCUGUGGUGACACCGGCAUUAGCAAAAUGGUGAGCAAAAUCUGUGGGUGGCUGGUGAACUAAAUAGUUUAAUGCUGCAGUGCCAGGAAUACAUGUUUAUUCCUGACACUCUAGUGUUCCAUUAAAUUUAAACUUAUUGGAGGCUAGAACCAAAUUCAUGGGCAUUUAACUUAUGCAAAAAAUGAAUAUAUUUUUAUGUGGUUUUGUGCAAUGUAUCACAUUUUUAACUUGGCUUUUUAAAAAUGUUUUAUUUUUUGUUGUGCAUGGGUGGUACAUGACAGUAUUUCUGACUGUUAAGCAGCAUAAAUCAUUAUAAACUUGUGAGAAGACAGAACAGUAGAGCUUAGUCUGCACAUAUUGUAUGUAUUAUGCAGGCUAGAAAGACCGUGUUGGUGCUGGGUUUUAGUAGGUUAUCAGACUAAAACAUGAGGUGAAAGCACUGGUUGUAUAAACUGAAUUAGAUUAAGGACAUUAUGCCCAUGAGUAGUAGUAUGCUAUUCCUAACCGAAGAGUAGGAAACAAAAAUACAAAAACCAGGUACAUUAUACCAGAGUGUGAAAUCAUAUAAAAAUAACGUAACUGCAGUUCUGUGGUAAGUUUGGUAAAAUCUUCGCCUGGUGCCUUCACUCUAUGCCACAUAUGGGCCUCAGCAAAGCGUCCAUGGUAGUAAUGGUUGCUCAGGCAGGGAUCUCAUUCAGCCGAUGCCUGCCAGGGAUACCUGGCAUUCCUGCAACACAGCGAGGCAGUGCGAUUCUCUGUGCCCAAGCUUUGAUAGAAGUGGCCGGUCUGCUUGUAGAGUCAGGAUCUGGAGUGGAGCGAGGUGGUGCAGUCCUCUGGACCCAGGAACCAUCAGGUGGGGCAUGUGCGCUAGUAGCUCAUAUUUUUCUGUAGUGCUUUAUGUCCCUGGUAGUGUCUCAUAUGAAGUUUUAGCUUCUUGUGCUGGAGAAUGUUUUUGUGAUGUGGUGAAGGGGAUACAUCGACGUGUUGUUCCUGAGACAUAUUAUAACUUCCCCUAAAUUGGGUAACUAUUAAUUUUAUAAAACUAAUCACAAGCCCCUUUUUAUGCCCUUAAAAAGUAUCUAUCAGCCUUUUUAGCGCUCCGAUAUAUCCGAUCUUUACGUAUUAUGGACCGCGAUCACCCCCGACAGUCCCUGUGGGGGGAGUAACGGGUCUCUGGCUCAUGCGGCGUCUGACUGGGAGAUCGACCGCCUCUCCCACCUGAUACACACAAGGCCUCAUGUUGCGAGGAAUGCGACCAGCAAGCUCCAGUUGGGUCACAGACCACAGUGUCGGUUCCUAGUCAAAUCGUGUGUCAGGUGAGUUGCUUGUUGUCGCCUAAAUUAACUGGGGCUAAAAGUGCCAUGAAUUGCCCCAAUUAUUGAGGGGCUCUCCUCCAUGCUAGUCAGGCCCCACGCCCCUUCACUUGGCUUUUUGGUGCCAUGAACAUGCCUUGUAUUUUUAGAAUUGAAGUACCAAUACUCACACACACACACGGAUGACACCCGCAUGCUCACAUUCUCACACACUCCCAAAUUGUUUUAAGUCCACCCAGCCACCCCACCUUUUGGAGAACUAGAGUCCAGUGGAGCGGUUAUGAUCCUGUAAACUUCAAGCUCUUCUUGCACGGUUCCCUCGCAAGCCAUUAGUGAUGCUGGUGCUGCUGUGGCAUCGUAUUCCAGCUCACAGCAGGAGUACAGCCAGGGCUGUAGAAGAUAUGGUAAAGGUUCAAUGAAUACCAGGCACUAGGUUGCCGUGGCAAUUAGGAAUUUGUUUUGGCUCCUGAGAUUUGUCGAGUCUUACCAUAACCUCCUCAGCUCUGACUCCUGCGGCUGUAGUUCUACUUCUAAAGUCUCCUAGCAGAAGAUUUCUCUUAGCGCUUCUGAGCUAAGCGUGGUCGCACUUACUGGCUCAGAGCAUUAGCAGAGCACUCUCGGCUAAUGAACACAGUUUCAGACCUUCUUAGUUCGUUGAGGUCAUCUGGCUUCUCCUACAGAAGUCUACCAGAUGCAACAAGGCAUAGGAACCCAAGUAAGUUGUCAGACUGUUCCUAAACUGUUUUUUCUAUUCGAGGGCACCAGCGUUAUGGUACAUGUGCAUUGUCAUGGUUUGGUGAAUAGGGCAGUAAGCAGUCUGAUUACUGCUAUGUAAUACAGGCUGAAGUACUGUUAUAAAAAACACCUACUGGCCAUUAAUUCAUAUUAUAAUGAACUCACCCACCUCCCUCUAGAGACUAGAAUGAGAGGCUCCUGAUUGUUUGUUCCUGGUGUGAAGAGUUCUAACAAUUGCUUCUGCUCUGUGUGUUAGCAGAAACCGGUGUUUUAUUUUUCAUAAAAAUAUACAUGAAGGCAGCUGGCAUGAUAGAGAGUUAAUCUGGCAAACAUUUCUACCCCAGGCAAUAAUUUGUCAUAUUUAUUAACCCUUGUUUUUCUUUGGGUUUUUACUAUAUAUUGGGGCUGAUGUGUACUGUAGUCAUUGCUGCCGCCCAGGAGUGAUGGGAGUGAGCGCAGGACUUAUCUUUCGGUAUUUGUAAUAAUUUCAGUCUUCACUGUUUUUAUAGUGCAAGGAGUGGUUUGUGAUCUUGUGGAAUCCUCCAUAGACACUCUUGGACAUAAAUUUCCCGGAUCUGAAGCAGCAUAGCCGCUCCAAUGAGGGGCAGCUUAAGCAUAUUUUCAUGACUUCUCUAGAGCUGCACCGUUCCUGUCAAACUCCCUUCCCUUUUUCCGUUAGACGCUCACCUAGUCUCCACUAUUUUAAAUAAUAAUUAAAACUCACUUUUUCACAAAAGCAUUUCAAUUAAACUCAAUCAUUUAAUUGGUUGGGAUAUGUUAUAAACCACCUAAUGUAAAUUUCUUUGAGGAAGCACAGCUGUUAGAGCAAAUUGAGAAAGCUGCAAAUCGAGGUAACACGUUAAUUAUUGGAGAUUUUAGUUAUCCAGACAUAAAUUGGGAAAGAGGGACUAGUACUUCAGCAAGGGGCAUCAGGUUUUUGAAUGUGUUAAAUGACACCUUUAUGUCACAACUGGUACAAGCACCAACUAGAAAGGGUGCUUGUCUGGAUCUUGUCAUAACAAACAAUGUUGAUCUUUUAACCAACAUUCAAGUAGGGGAGCAUUUGGGAAAUAGUGAUCACAAUAUGGUAAAUUUUGAAAUAAACUCAAAGCAAAAGCAAGUGGGGUAUACUAAAACAUAUAAUUUAAAAAAAGCCAAUUUCAAUAAGGUUAGAGCAGCUCUACAACAUUGACUGGCAUAAACUCCUUAGUGAUAAAAACACUGAGAAUAAAUGGAGACUAUUCAAACAAAUAUUAGAAAGGUACAUUUCUCAGUAUGUACCAUUGGGUAAUAAAUAUAAAAGAAUCAAAUUAAAACCAAUGUGGCUUAGUAGAGAAGUAAAACAAGAAAUAAAAAAUAAAAAAAGGGAAUUUAAAGCAUUUAAAUCAGACAAAUCAAAGGCAUCCUAUUUAAGAUAUAAGGAAGCCAAUAACGCUUGCAAAAAGGCAAUUAAAGUGGCUAAACUAGAAAAUGAGAAAUUGAUAGCUAAAGAAUGCAAAACCAACCCCAAAUUUUUUUUCAAGUUUAUCAAUUCAAAAAAAAUGAAAGUGUAGGUACACUUGAAACAGAGUUGGGUUUAUUAGCUAAUGAAGACCAGGAAAAAGCAGAAAUUUUAAAUAACUAUUUUUCUUCAGUAUAUAUUAAUGAGGAUCCUAUGGCAAGAGAUAUGCAAAUGAUUGCUGCAAAUAACUUGCAAAUAACUUGUGAUUGGAUAACUCGAGACAAGGUGCUACAGCUAUUAAAGAAAAUUAAUGUAAAUAAAGCUCCGGGGCCUGACGGUGUUCACCCACGAGUACUUAAGGAGCUAAGUGGGGAAAUAAGUGAACCUCUGUAUUUAAUUUUUCAAGAUUCUUUUGUUUCAGGUGUUGUACUGGAGGAUUGGAGGAAGGCAGAUGUUGUUCCUAUAUUUAAAAAGGUUCAAAAUCCUUGCCUGGAAAUUAGACCUGUGAGCUUAACUUCUGUAACUGGGAAAAUAUUUGAAGGGCUAUUAAGGGAUAACAUUCAGGAAUUCAUUGGGAAGAACCUUAUUAGCAAUAAUCAGCAUGGUUUUAUGAAACAUCGGUCAUGUCAAACUAACCUAAUUGCAUUCUACGAAGAAGUAAGUAGAAGUAUAGAUCAGGGUGUUGCCAUGGAUGUGAUCUACUUGGAUUUUGCCAAGGCAUUUGAUACGGUUCCUCACAAUAGGCUAGUCUUCAAACUAAAAGAAAUUGGUCUAGAUGAAUAUUCUUGUUCUUGGGUAGAACAUUGGCUUAAGGAUAGAGUACAACAAGUUGUAAUUAAUGGUAAAUUUUCAGGCUGGACAAAAGUUGUAAGUGGUGUCCCUCAGGGUUCUGUUUUGGGACCACUUCUGUUUAACAUAUUUAUAAAUGAUCUUGAAAUAGGCAUUGAAAGCCAUGUAUCAGUGUUUGCAGAUGACACAAAACUUUGUAAAGUAAUAAAAUGUGAGCAGGAUAUCACUUUGCUGUAGAAAGAUUUGGAUAGAUUGGGGGACUGGGCACUAAAAUGGCAGAUGAAAUUUAACAUAGAGAAAUGCAAAGUUAUGCACUUCGGGGUUAAGAAUGCACAAGCAACUUACACACUAAAUGGUGGUGAAUUAGGGAUAACCACACACGAGAAGGAUUUGGGAAUUGUUAUAGACAAAUUAGGCAGCAAUAUGCAAUGUCAAUCUGCAGUUGCUAAGGCCAGUAAGAUCUUGUCAUGUAUAAAUAGGGGCAUAAAUUUUCGGGAUGUAAAUAUAAUUCUGCCUCUUUAUAAAUCGCUGGUAAGACCUCACCUUGAAUAUGCUGUGCAAUUUUGGGCGCCUGUUCUAAAGAAGGAUAUCAUGGCACUGGAGAGGGUCCAGAGACGAGCUACAAAAUUGAUAAAAGGAAUGGAGCAUUUUAGUUAUGAAGAAAGGUUAAAAAAAUUUAAAUCUGUUUAGUUUAGAAAAACGGCGCCUGAGAGGGGAUAUGAUAACUUUAUACAAAUAUAUUCGGGGCCAGUACAAACCUUUAUCUGGAAAUCUACUCAUAAACAGGGCUAUACAUAGGACACGAGGUCACACAUUUAGGCUGGAAGAAAGGAGAUUUCAUCUAAGGCAAAGAAAAGGUUUUUCUACAGUAAGAACAAUAAGGAUAUGGAAUUCUCUGCCUGAAGAGGUGGUUUUGUCAGUCCAUACAGAUGUUUAAACUGAAAUUGGAUAAAUACUUACAAAAACAUAACCUACAGGGAUAUAAUUUCUAAUUAGUGGGGUAAUAGCUGCUUGAUCCAAGGAGACAUCUGACUGCUAUUUUGGGGUCAAGAAGGAUUUUUUUCCUAGCUUGUGGCAAAAUUGGAAGCGCUUCAGACCAGGUUUUUUGCCUUCUUUUGGAUAAACAGCAACAACAUUUGUGAGGAAGGCUGAACUUGGACGCAAGCCUCUUUUCAGCUAUGUAACUGUUAAUGGCUCAAAAAAAACCCACACGAAGUCUUCAUUGAAUACUAUUCUACCUAUCUACUUCCCUAGCACUUCUAUGACCUUUUAUUUCACUUGACCCCACUCCCUAUAGCAUGUAAGCUCAUUGAGCAGGGCCCUCAACCCCUCUGUUUCUCUGCGUCAAACUUGUCUGGUUACAAUUACAUGUUUGCGCACCUAUUGUAAAGCGCUAUGAAAUUGCUCCUCUACACAGGCAGACAUGUCCUCUUGGCAUUUGGGUUACCUGGGGAUUAUUUUUUUCCUACACGAUCCUGUGACCUACAUGUAUAUGCUUUUAUUCUUAGAUCCUUACUGUACUCUGUAAUGUUCCGCACUGCUGAUAAUGAAACUAGUAUGGAUAGCUGCUUCCGUGUUUUUAUUGUCUAGAUUUACUUUGCAUGGCUAGAUUGUUUGGGCUUUUUGUAGCAAUUUACUUUUCACAUCACUGGAUGCAGGUUUUUAACAAUUAAUAAUCAAUCUCUGGGGAAAAAGUAAAAGUGCAAAGUUAUUCAUGACUGAUGAACGUUGCUUGCUUUAAAAUUCUAAUUAUCUAGAUAGGUAUAAGUAUUUGUUUUGCAUCCUAAUGUUCUUUCUUCACAUUUUAGAUACAUGGUGAAGCACAAGUCCCACUUAAGAUUCUGAAGGCUCAGAAGUUUUCACUGCUGCUGGAGAAGAUCAGACAACUUUACUGCUUUCUAGAGAUUAGGACUCUAUUCAGAAUUGUAAAAUAAACUGGCAUGAUCCUGACUUGCCACAAUAUUUUUGAUCUACGGACAGAUUACAUCAAUUUACAAUCAGUGGAUUGCAUACUAUUUUUUAAAUAAAAUUUGCAUUGCUCACAAUUAAAAUUGUAUAUUUUGAUAGUGGGAAGAGACUUUUAUUUUAAUUUUUUCCAUGUAACUUUUUUUUCCCCCCUACAGAUACAGAAAUCUGAGGUAUGUCAGUGUUGCAUUCUUUAAACUCUCUGACUGUUUACCCCCUGUGCGCCUCUUUUUUUAAUUUUUUUUUUUUUUUUAUUGCAUAACUUCCUUUACACUUUGAAGCUUCCAAAAUUGGCAAAAUUGUGUGUAUGGAAAUCAGUCUUACGCAGUAAGCAGACACUAGGAAGACCAUCUCACAGUCCUGUAAGCUGCAUUUGAGGUUAAACCAUUCACUAUAAGUUGUUUACUGUUGGGGGGGGGGAAACAUUGUAGAUAAACUAUUAAUAUUUUGAAAAGCUGAUUAUGAAUUUUCCUUGUCCCAUUAACAUUAUACUGAAGAAUAAAAAAUAUGAAAAAUUCUUGUUGCAUUUUA